CUCAGGGAAUGCAUGCUGCUAGACAGCCCCCCACCCUCCCUUGCCCCGUAACACACAUCACUGGGCAGCUUGGCAGAAGGACAUCAGUGAUUCAGAAGGUCAUUAGGAUCGUGCAAUUCCAAAGCUUGCACAGGAGAGGCCCAGGGAAAGAAUGUAAUACAUGGGGUGGGGUGGGCAUUGGGAAGAACAUAGAUGAACCUUGUUGGAUCAAACCAAAGUGCUAGCAUCCUGUUCUCACAGUAACAACCAGGUGUGCCAAUGGGAAGCCCGCAAGCAAGAACUGAGUGCAACAGUGCUCUCCCCACUUAGGAACAAAGGAAAUUGCCUUCCACCAGGUCAGACCUUGAUCUAUGGAGCUUGAUAUUGUCUAUACUGACUGGUGGCAGCAGCAGCAACUCUCUAGGGCUUCAGGCAGGGGACAUGCAAUAGCCCAUCUAGUCCAGCAACCUGUACGUUUAUUUUGUGUGCCCUGAUUCCUCCAAUAUUCAGCUUCAUUGGGUAAUGAUAAAGAACCACCAGAAGAAAGAACACCAGGGACCCUUAAGCUGCCCAUCAGCAGCUAGUAUCUGACAGCAGACUAAGAAGACACACACUUCACCUGGACCUUCCCCACUAUGUGUAUGUCUGUUUACAUUGAAGUAUUUAUAAAUCUGCAUCUAAAUGCGUACGUCAGAACCUGCACUUUAUGUCAAACACUUCCUUUGGUGACAUUUAAGCUGCCAGCUGAGAUGCACUCAUUCCUACUGACUAUGGCCUCUCUAAAGCUCUGUUAAUCCAUGAUUCUGCAGAGCCACCAGCAUGCAACAUCAUGUACAGGAUGCACCCCUGACCAAUGGCCUUGAACAAAUCAGAGUACACCAGACAUUGAGGAUGACAUUCAGGACAAAACACAUUUCAUACUGUCUUGUGUGCAAUGAUGUGGCAAGUUCUUAGCACCUGGAUAGCAGACAGAGCAAGCUCAGGUCACCUGUGUGCAGCCUUUCACACCGUGUGUAUUUCUUAUUCAGAGUUAUUACUUCUAAAUUUGCAUCUGCACAUAUAAAUUAGCAUAUGCAAAUUGGUGUCCUCUUUUGGGGUGUUGCAUUUUCUCUUUUAUUUAUUUUUUUGGCAAUGCAUAAGUGGCCAUUGAGCUACUAGUUGGCUAGGGCGGCGGAGAUUCAGUGCGCAGUAAGUAUGGUCUCAUGAAAUGUGAGCUACAAAUUUCACACAUCUGUAGAUUUAGGAUCCCUCCAGACUGGUAUUUCUUUGCUUCGUUUUUAAACAGGUGUAUUCCGCAGCACGCCAUGGGUGGUGCAUUAAUGGUGGAAUUAUACUGAACUGUCUGCACAUCAUUCUGUUUUAUUAGCUGUCCUGUAAUGUACUCCCAAUGUUACUGCAUUACUGUUGUCUGGAGGGGCACCUUUAUGCUAAAGCACAACAAAAACACCCCUGUCUCAACCCAUUUAUGAUAUAAACCUUUACAUGAUUUCAGCAGGAGGUUACAAUGUGUACAGCGACCGGAAAUGAAGCUGUAUGUCAGCCCCCAAACAUUUGCAGGCACAAGCAUUAUUGAAAGCUGCCCAAUACCAUCUUAAGUACAUAUUGUCAUGAAUGCACCAUAAAAAGCACACCUCAAGGGGCCCUUUAAAAAAAUUGAACUCCCCCAAUAUUUGUUUGCUUUGCAUAGAGAGGUGGAAUCUAAAAGCUGAAAUCUAUAAAUGUUUAUUCUAAUUGCAGCUUAAAUUGCGCAAUGGCUCCCCCCUCUUUCCUCUUAAGGAGCUGUUCACCAUACCUAGAAUAAACCUACUGAAAUUAAUGGACACGACUAACCACAAGACCUGUUGAAUUCAAAGCGACUUGCUUCCAGGUAAAUAAGGUUGGGACUGCAGCCUAACAUAGGUCCAUUAAACUCAGUGGGUCCUGUCCAGUGCUUUUUUUCUGGGGGGGACGGGACACGCAGGGGUAUGCAUAUCCCUAAACAUUUUGUGAAUCUAAGUUUGGCCUCAUUGAGGGGCAGUAUUUCAAUAUGAAUAGGAAAAUGCGAGUACCCCUAAACAUUUUUUUUAUUAGAAAAAAAGCACUGGUCUUUCUUGUCUGAGUAGAACUUAGUUGGGUACAGUUCAUGUUUUCCUAUUUUCUCUUUGCCAAAUUUAAAUAAAAUACUCUGUGUGGGUGGAACCAUGGCAUAUAUAUGAUAUACAAAGGAAAAUUUUAAUUCUGUUGUUACCUUGGUAACAUAUUUUUAACAUAUGGAUGUGUGUGCAUGUAUACACUCUGCUCCCCCACAGAUAUAAUGGUUGUGCCCGGUUCAUUUAGCAAUCUGCCCUUCAGGAAGAAAGAUCAGGAAUACGACAGUCAUUAUAACGCAAUUAUCAGACGGAACCAGGAAUGGCUCUGGCAAUAUAACACAGUUAUCCAUAAUUACUUCAUUCAUAGAGACUGCCUCCUUCCAUAUGCCCUAUUAUGAUACCUGAGAAUGCCUUCAUUUUGAUACAAUUUAUGCAUUGGACUCUUUCUUUAAAACAAAAACCAAUGGCUAUUUUCAUUUUAAAAAUACAUACAAUUAAAAAUGCAUACAACUGCAAUUGCAAUAAUUAUUUUUACCUGAAAGGAGGGAUUGCAGUUGAAAGAAAUUUAACUGUGCAAUCCUAUACCUGUCUCCUCAGAAGUAAGCCCACUGAAAUUCAGUAGAGACUGCCCUGCUCCUACAUAAGGGGGUUUAGGUCUGCAGCCUGAAUGAUAUUUAGGAUUGCCUUACAUAUUUCUUUGCAUGUUUUCAUUUCAGUAUAACAUGAAAGAGUCCCAAUUAUCCGUAAGCUUGGAAUAUCUAUUGUCCUAACAGUCUUAGAAAGGGAGUAAUUUUCAUCAUUCUCAAAGUAUGUCAGGAAUUUUGAAGCCAGUCUCCCAUUGCAGGGUUUCUUCUAAUGCUCUGCAAUGAAUAUCCAAGCCAUGAUAAGCAUGCUGUUAAUCAAACACUGACCCUGUUUUUAAAUAUAUUCUUCCCAGCUAGAAAACUUCACGUCCUAAGGGGACCAUUUCUGUUGUUCUCUCUUGAAAAUUCUAACAAAAACCUUGAUGAAACAUUACAUAUUUGCAUAUGUGUCUAAGCCAGAGGUGGGGAACCUGUGGAGGGUUGGUUCCUGUUGCCUAGUCCAAACAUUGGGGUUCAUCUCCAAAGGACUGUCUGCUCCUGCAGGGUGCCUGCCUACUCUUUGAGAACGGGUUCAAAGGCUUUGCCCUGGGCGCCAGGAUAUUUGUGAUAUGAACUAGGGCCUUUACGCUGGUGGCAUCCUAGGCAUGGGCGUAGCUAGGAUUCUUGUUGGGGGGGGGGGGACAGGCUUUUAUGUGGGGGAGCAGAACAUCAGAUUUGUAUUGAUUUUGAUUGAUUGUGGGGGGGGCAGCUGCCCACCCCCCACGCUACACCCAUCCAUGAUCCUGGGCGCAUCGUUUGCGGCAUUCAAUGGAGGGCCUCCUCUCAAUGCUGCAAUGCUACCCAAGGCUGUUCGCGUGCACGCGUGUGCCCAGGCUCUCAAGCUGAGGUAUGCAACACCAGCAGCCUGCACGGUCGUCCUGACUUCGCUUGAGUAGGAGCUUCUGUGCUUUCUGCUCAGUCUUUACAGGCUUCCGACACUCUUGACCUCAGUGACAGAUCUGGGUAGUUGAAUGCUACAGUCCACUAUCCUCAGCAGCAGCAGCAGCCUACCUUGCAGAUCACAACCCAACCCAGGAGGCGGGUGACCCUGAUUUAUUAGCUUUCUCCUCUGACUCCAGGUAAGCUAACCCUGAGUUGCAGAGCACCCCCACCCUCUCUGUGCCAGCUAAUCAACCCUUAGCUGUAGAGACACCCCCUCCCCCCGAGCGCGUACACCCACUCUCUCUCCCCCCCCCUUUUCCGGGCGCGCGCGCGCGCGCUCAUUAAAGAUACCGAAGCGCGGCUCGCGGACAGAACGUAGCGGGAGUCAGGGGUGGCGGCGGGGGAGAGAAAGGAGCUCCGCGGCACGCGCACGCGCAUUCCCUCCCUCCCUCUUUCUCUCUCUCUCUCUCUCUCUCACACAUACACACACUCAACCCUCUACACCUACUUCACCUGGCGAGCGGGCGCAUGCGCGCCCUCAUUCUUCUCCUCCGUUUAUCGAGGCGCGCGAGCCUCGCGGGUGCGCGUCCUUCCCCCCCUCCCUUCCUCCGGUCUCGUUCCCCCCCUCCAGUCUCCCCCGCCCCCUCAGCCGAGCCAGGCUGCUGCUGAGGCGACAGAAGCAGCCAGCCCGCCCGCUCGCCUGCCCACCAGACCAGCCCUGCCUUGCCCUGCCCAGCCCAGCGGGAGUGGGUGGGUGCGGGGGUUACCCCUUGCCGUUGCCGCCGCAGCCGCCGCGAGGCCUUGGGCCCUGGGCGCGGCCGACGUGGUAGUGGUGGGGGCUCCGACGACGCGGGAGUGGUGAGGCGGCGGCGGUUGGGGAGCUGGGCCCGGCGUUGGCAUGAGGUAGCUGCGGCUCGGAAGGAGGAAAAAAAGGUGAGGGGGGGCGCACGGCAGAUGAUGGCGGGGGGCGGGCAGCCGCGGGCGGCGGCAUGAUUUGGGUCUGUCAGAACUGAGGGGACGAAGAGGAGGAGGGAGCGCAGUGGCGGCGGCGGCUUGUGUGAGGGACACACGGCGUGUGGGCGGGGGGAGCGGAGAGCUGACAUCUUGGACGGAAGGGCUCUGCGGGGAGGGGGGCCUGGCUGUUUUUGAGCGGGGUGUGUUAUUGUGUUCUAACCUGUGUUAUCAUCGCGAGUGAGCGAGUGAGGAUGAGCAGGGAUUGGGGCGUGUUCGGUGUGUGGGGUGGGCGGGCCAGGAUCUUUUUAUGUUUUUUUUUUUUGGCAGGGUGGGGGUUGGGCGGGAGGAGGGGAGAAAUCUGGUUACGUUGCUUGUGGUUAUGAAGAGUUGUGGGGGUAUCUGGGAGCGGGCGGCAGAGGAGCUUGUGGGUAGAGGUAAAGCUUGGGCCUGGGGGUUUGCCCGGUUGUUGUGCGCAUGGGAGGCAGCCAUGGAUCUUAUUGCCGUGUUGUGACGGGUGGGAAUUUGGGGGAGAGGAGCCGGGGUGGGGGUCUGGUUAUUUGUGCGUGGAAGUAACAGGUCAUGGGGAUAUCGUAGAAAAGUAUAGGUUGGGGGAUCAGGAUAGGGUGUCUGUAUGGGUGUUUUAUCAAUAAUAAUAAUAAUAACAAAUCUACAGUAUGAUAAGAGUAGGUGGCGUUGAGGGGCAGUGGCUUGGACAGCAGGAGGCUGUUUGAGGGACGGGGUGGGCCAAUGGGGGGGUUGAUUAUUGUGUGGGGUGUGUGGUAGACUACAGUGGGAGAGGCAGUAGAUUGAGAUGUAAGUGUGGGAAGUUUGGGCAAGGACUGGGUGUGUUGAGGGGCAGAAACUGGAGGAUCAGGAGGGAUGGGCUGUGAAGAGGAUGAGGAAAAGGUUGAGGCCAGUAUUGCAGUACAUGGUGGAAGGGAGUAAUCUUAAUAUAGGAAAGCGUAGGAUAUUAAACAGUAGUGUUGCUGUCUUAAUCACCAUUAAUGUCAUAUUGUGCUGUGUUUAUUGUCCAUGCUAUUUAUUACAAAAAUGAAUUGUCUGAUGGGUGUCAGGUUCAUGGAUAUGUGUAAGGCAGUGUCUGCUGUGAAGAGAGACUGGGCUGUUAAGGAUCUUUGUGUGUGUUUUUGUGCGGGGAGGUGAAAGUGACAUUAUGGGGUGAGAACUGGAGCAGAAGCAGGGGGAACAGAAGUUUAUGGUCUACUAAGGAAGAUGUGGAAAUGUAUUGGGGAGAGGUUAAGGCAAUAGGCAGCACUGGGUUUACUACUCCUACACACAUAUAUAGUUACUGGGUAGAGUGGGAGAAGGACUGAAGGCAACUGAAAAAAGCUAGGGAGAUACUUGGAAAAGGGAGAGGCGGGUGAGACAGCAAAAAGGAGGAUGUGACAGAUGAGGAAGAAGGUGCUGAAGGGAUGUCCUUUGUUGUCUUUGUUGGGGAGCAGCACUCUGCCUGGAAAAGGUAGGCUGAGGCACCUUUUGUUUGCUACCUUGGCCCUGGCAUGUGCCAGAGUUUGCUGGUGAAGAAGGGUAAGGAAGAUGUUGGUGGAAGGACCUUUCUGUUCUGUCCUCUCCCUUUAUCCUCUUGCCUCCAGGGUGUCUGGUGCUUCUGUUCAUCUCAGCUAACCGAUCAUCCUUCUUAAGAGUAGGAUGAAGGAAAGAGAUGAGGCUAUGACAAGAAUGGGAAACCCUAGGCCUUCUGCCUUCUGUUGCCUUCAUUCCCUGCUGUGCCUCCUUCAUUUCAAUUGUUAGAGAAAUCAUAUGAGAAUAGGUUUUUCCUUCCAGCAAUUUGCCUGGUACCUGUCUGUAUUGUUAGGCUGUUAACAUGCUGGAGAGGUGUCUGGAGCAAGACUAUGACUACAAGUGUGAUUUGUAUGUUCCCUUUCAUAUUGUAGGGCUGAAAGAGUAGCUUUAGCAUGUUCUCUCUCAUAUAUAUAUAUAAAAUGCGCAUCAAAUGAAUAUUAGAAGGGGGAAAGAAUUCAGACUGAGAUUUACUGUAAUUGCAGAGCAAACCAUAGCAAUAAAAAACCUCCAGUGCUUCUGGGACAACAGAAUUUGUAUUUGAUACUGUACAUGUGAGCCUAUUAUGUGUAUGAGUGCUAGACUGGGUUUCUUUUAUUUUUGUUUCAGAUGGCGGAUGUUGAUGUUUGUGCUGGUGGGGAUAGCACCAGAAGAAAAAUGGAUGCUCUAGCAGAUAGUGCAGCUGAGAUCGUUCCGUUGGAGCUCUAUGAUUCAGCUCGAGCAAAAAUAGCUGCUAAUCUACAAUGGAUCUGUGCUAAAGCCUAUGGAAUAGGUAAAAAUCCCCAUUGAGUGAUUAUUCUUUUAUCUCUCCCCUUUUGCUUUCCCCCUGUCUUGCUCUCUCAGCUGUUAAAUGGAUUUGAAAUGAUCUGUGUUUUACAUAUCAAUCAUGUGCCAAACCGAUUUGCCUGCUUGCCCUAUUCCCAUGUUUUUAGAUCCCAGGAUAUUAAUAAGUGCUUGGUAGGAACCUUGUCAGUGUACAUCCCUUUUCCUCAUUGUGAAUGGUUUGUAGAAGUGCAUAUAACUGUGUUUUUGUUUUUGUUUCAUGAAAUAGUGCUCUCUCACACAGAACCUAGACCUACAAAGGCUGAGCUCUUGAAGGCCCUUAAAUCCUUAUUAUUGUGUGAUUCAUUCUGGCAAUCCUUUAGAUCCUUGCUGCUACCUUUUUAUGGAGCAUAGCUGAUUAGAGAAUAAGAAUCUUGUGGCUUCUGUAUCAUAUUGUAGAUAUUUCACUCAUCUAUUUUUUAACCAAGGCUGCUGUAUUCUAGAACAUAGCAGUGAGGCAGCAUUCAUUUCUUUGCAUAACAUUGUGGGUAAUGAAUAUGAAUAGAUGGGAUAGAAAAAAAUCUUGUUUGAAACUUUAGUUUUAUUUCUACGGUCUUCUGAAGCACUAUUACCAUCCAGUGUGUUGUAUUAAAGUAGAUUCUGCUUUGUCUACUUUGAGUUCUUGGUUUUUGUCAUUUGUGCCAGGAUUUUGGCUGCAUAUCGGUAUUAUACUUUUAACUGAAACAAAAUGUAACAUGUAGAAAAUUAGAUAGCCCUGUUAAUCUGACUAAUUUGCCAAACUCUAAUAUGCUUAAUGGAUUAACAUUAGCUUGUGUUGUGUUAGUGCUAAGUAAUACACUGUAUUCCUGCAAUCACAUGGCUUUGGUUUGUUUUCAGCUUUUAGAAUGGGGAUGAUUGUUCAUGUGGCACAGCAAAAUUAGGAGCUUUGAGCAAGUUUUUGGUUCACUUCUUCUGUUUAUGAAAGUAUACUAUAAUUUCAAUUAGCAGCAAAGUCAAAUAAUAUUCUAUCAUAACACAAGCUGUGACUGCAGUUUAAAAAUUAUAACUGGACACUAAAGUAAAUAUCUACAAUUUCGUUUUUGUGGGUUUUUGAAUUAGCUUAUUUUGGUAAAAAAAAUAGUAUCGUGCAGCCACUAACUGGUCUACUUUGGGUAGAGCACAUUUGUUGCAUGGCCUGUGUUUGUUUAAAACCUCCAUGGGAACUAGGCUUGGGCAGUCAUGUGUGAUGGCAAGUUCUAGACAUAUCCAUACUUGGCGUCAAUAUUAAUGCCAGAUUCCCUUAAUUGAUUUCCUCACCUUUAAAAAAGUCUACUAAUUCUGUAAACAAGUAUAGAGAUUAGGCUAAUAUUCCUGUGUUUUGCAUAUGAAACCAGCCAUAAGCAGGUUAAUAUCUUUAAAUUUCAGUGUUAUCCUCUAAUACAAAUGAGAAGCCUUCUAGUCCUUCUAGUUCUUAAAUGACUUGGAUUGCUUCUCAGAAUACCUGGUAGUAAUACAGUAUUGCCUCAAAAUGAGCAUACCUGUAAAAAAUGUCAAUUGUACUCAAGGCAUAUUCAUCUAAUUUCAUAUAUGCUUCAUCUCAUCUAACUUAUUUGUAAGGCAUGGGUUCUGCUUAUGCUGGAGAGCACAGUUGUUCAGUGUUGCAAAGGGCAUUAGCACUUGGUGGGGGUGAAAGGAAGGAGAUGGAAAUAUGUAAAACUUGACCAGUGCUAAAGGUCUUGGUAAGUGCCUCAUUCUGUACAAACUUCAUUUGUAUGCAAUGUCAUCUUCAGGUGAGGCCUUGCUUCAGCUUCCUUAAGUAUUUGAAGCCAGUUUUAUUGUUUCCCUUGAAGCUGAACCUUCUCUUUGGUGGUGCCUUUCCUGUGCAGCAUCUCAAGAGAGGCCCAUUCUGCUGAAGCUUUUAGUAAAUCUGACAAAGCGAAAACAUUUCUGCUGUCUUUUGGGAGAUAAAAUUGACCUGUGUCUUGAUAAUGGUGGUGUUUCUAUUUUAGUUGUUAAGUUUUUAUGGAGUUUUAAGUUGUUUUGAUUGGUUCUCUCUUAUUGCAGCUUAAACUGCUUUGCAUUACUAAUAUUUAAAUUUGUAAGGCAUUUUAGAAGGAGCUUUUUACUGCAUUAGGUGGUAUAUAAGAGCCACACACCCCAAAAAUCAGUACAGUGGUACCUCGGUUUUUUAACGUAAUCCGUUCCGGAAGACUGUUCGAGUUCUUAAACGUUCGAAAACAGAAAACAGCUAGGCCUCAGGAUCUUGCACUCAGCAGAAGCCACGUGGCAUGUUCAACUUCUGAGGCAUGUUCGAAAACUGAAGCAUUUACUUCCGGGGUUAGGGCGUUUGAAAACCAAAAUGUUUGUCAAUGGAGAACCACUGGACUAUAUUGUACUUUUUGAAGGCGCCUGAAACACUUUAGUUCUAUAUCUCAACUAAAAUGUGAGGCUUAAGUUUAGUUUAGUUUAGUUUAGUUUAGGCUGAUCCCUUCUAAUUAAUUAUAGAAUCACAGAAUUGUAGAGUUGGAAGAGACCCCAAAGGUAUCUAGUUCAACCCCUUACAAUGCAGAAAUCUCAACUAAGGCACCCAUGAUAGAUGAUCAUCCAACCUCUGCUUAAAAACCUCCAAAGAAGGAGAGUUCACCACCUCCCAAGGGAGUUUGUUUCACUGUCAAACAGCUCUUACAGUCAGAAUGUUCUUCCUGAUGCUUAGUCAGAAUCUUCUUUCUUGUAACUUGAAGCCCUUGAUUUGGGUCCUGUCCUCUGGAGCAGAAGAAUAAUUAUGAUAUUAAUUAGUUAAUUAAUUAGCUUAACAAGUUAACUGUUUAUAUUUGGACAACUUUUCUGAUGUACUUUAUUGGAAGAAGAAAAAUAAUAAUUUCCUUAAUAAUAAUUUAAACAAUUUAUGUAACUAAAACAAAAACAUAAUAGCAUAUGUAUCAAUGUUUGUAAACUGAUGUGGUUAAACAAUUUUUCAAAAGAAAUAUUUUAAGCACACAUGAAAAACUGAAAACAAAUCCUUAUUUCCUGAUGAAUAGCCUUUGGACUAUAAUGUACAGUGGUACCUCGGGUUACAUACGCUUCAGGUUACAGACUCCACUAACCCAGAAAUAGUACCUUGGGUUAAGAACUUUGCUUCAGGAUGAGAACAGAAAUCAUGCUCCGGUGGCAUGGCAGCAGCAGGAGGCCCCAUUAGCUAAAGUGGUGCUUCAGGUUAAGAACAGUUUCAGGUUAAGAACGGACCUCUGGAACGAAUUAAGUACUUAACCUGAGGUACCACUGCCACUUAUAAAAAACUAUCUUUAGAAAUAUUUUCUCUCCAAAAGCAUUUUAUUUCUAAAAUCCAAUUUAAUUUUUUUUUUAAAUCCGUUUUUUAAAAAAAAAUCAUUGAUUUUUAUCCACCCUGAGUUUGCUUCAUCUUGCAUAUCACAGCCCUUAGGAUAUUUGAAGAUGGCUAUCAUAUCUCCUCUCAGUCUCCUCUUCUCCAGGCUGAAUAUAGUAAACUCCCACAACCAUUCCUCAUAAGCCUUGGUUUCCAGACCUUUGAUCAUCUUGGUUGGCCACCUCUGCACACAACUCAGCUUGUCAACAUACUUUUUAAAUUGUUGUGCCCAGAAUUGGACACAGUACUCCACGUGUGGUCUGACCAAGGCAGAAUAGUGGUACUAUUACUUCCCCUGAUCUGGACUUCUGUUGAUGUAGUCUAGAAUAGCAUUAAUUUAUUUUUGCUGCUGUAUCACACUGUUGAACUAUGUGAUGAAGGCAGAAAUGAUGCUUGGCCUUUGGCUGCUUUUAUGAGAACUGCUUACUUGAUCUGAAUGACGUCAUGCUGGCCAGGAAUUUUUUUUUAAUUAUGAUGCGCUUGCAUGUUUAGGAAUGUUGUACUGUGCUUUCUAGUGCAGGAAAUGUAGGCAUCCUGCAGAAGGAAAGCAAAGCCGGGGAAAGGACAGAAAGUUGGAGAAGCAAACCAGGGGAUCACUGAUGAUCCCCUGAAAUUGUUGUUGUUAUUUAUUAAAUUUGUCUACCGUCCUAUACUCACAGGUGUCAGGGUGGUUCACAGGAUAAAAUCAUAAUAUAAAACCACAAAAUACAUAAUCAAAAUAAAAGCAAUAACAACCCAAUAACCCCCCCACCCCCACAAUUGCAAAAGUGAACUAUGCUGUAGUCUCUCUUGUGCAGAUGCAGUGAGAACAAUUUCACUUGGAUAUAGAGCUGGUGGAUAAGGUACAAAUUUUAAAAUGCAUAAUAGAAUGAGGCUAACACCACAUGUUGCUGUGUAUCCCUGUUGUGUAUAACCUGAGGUUGCAAAAAAAUAAUAAAUUAAAUGCAAAAUCUAUGUUUAUCCAACUUUAAGUACGGUACUUCAUUUAUUUCUCAUGACUGCUAUGUUGCUUCCCCCUCUUUCUUACUACAUUUUUGCUUAAUAUGGUACGGUUUUUUUAAAAGCCUCAUGGCUAAACCCUAAUAAUUGUUACAAUCUAAGUAUCUUUUAGUGCAGUAAGUACAGGCAACUCCCCAUUUAUGUGGGGGUUAUAUUCCAAGGCACCAUUCAUUUAAGUGAAAUUAUGUAUAUUUGAAACACCCCACUCUGCCACUGUCCUGUUCUGCCCCUUUUUGUGACUUUUUCACCUCAAUUCCAGUUUUGGCGCAAUGCACAUGUUUAUGGUCGCACACAUAUCAGACAUGCCUAAAACCUUUGCUGCCUAUACUGUAUCUCUUUGUGCCAACAUGUUAAUUCUCUAGAUCAGCCUUUCUCAACCUUUGGUCCCCAGGUAUUAUUGAACUACAACUCCCAUCAUCCACUACCACUGACCAUGCUAGCUAGGAGUUGUAGUCUGAAAACAUCUAGGGACCCAAGGGUGAGAAAGGCUGCUCUAGAUGUUAAUAGACUCCAGGUCCCACUAGCCACUGUCUGCAUAGCUAGUGGUCAGGUAUGAUGUGAUUUUUUUUAGUCCCAACAGCUUCUGGAAAGCCACACAUUGGCUGCAUCUUAUUUCAGCUAGUGAUAUUGCUCACAUGAUAUUUAUCACAAGUAUUUCUUUUUAAACAAGAUAUGCCUGUUUGCUUAGAGCCUCAUUGAGGAAAUAGACUUAACUCACAUAUAAGUGUAUAAGCUUGCAGUUUUUGGCUCUGUUAUCCUGGUUGGCUACUUCAGAAAAUGAGAGUAGAAGUGUUUGUGGAAAUCUGAAUUAGUGAAGCUUCAGGUUGGGACUUUAUUUAAACCAUAUGUUCUGAGUCUCAGCUCCUUGGUUUUCACAUGGUCUAGUUUAAAGUGUGCAUGGGGUAUAGGGGAUGUUAGAGGAAGGGGUAUCUGUGGUGGAAGACGUGUCAUGUUCUUUCUGGGGUAGUUUGUUCAUCUUGGUCCCCAUCCUGUACUAAGCUCUCAUCUGUGGCUCCUAGAAGCUGUCAGCAUGUGACAGCGGACACACUCUGGGAAUCACUUCAACUGGCUAGCUAAACCAGGUGAGAGUAGCCGAUGAGUGAGUUAGGGACAGGUUCCAGUGGACUGAGCAGAUGAGAGCAAUAGUGGGUCCAAUGGUUAUCAAGGCUGUUUCUGCAUGUGCUGUAGAGGGAAGUGAGGGGCAGAUGGGGCUCUUCAACCUGGGAAGGUAGCCCAUCUAGGAGAAGGAAAACUUGGAUCCUAAACCUCUGCUGUAUUGCAGGAUAUAUUCAAGAGAAGAAACAGUAAGAAGUAAAACCUACACAAAUCUGAAGUGCAGCCCCUAAGAAGGUUGGGUGGCACCUUGAAUGCCUCCUUCCAGCAAUUCCUGAAGCUAGGCUGGUGCCAAACGUGUUGUUCUCUCUUUUUUUUUUGGACCACAUCAGUGAGGCUGAGGGCUGGGCAGCCUAGGACUUCCAUAUACAAUGUGGACACCCUGGAGAGGUCACUUAGGUGCUGCUAACACAGAGGCUUGGGUGCACUCCAUUGUUUCAACACAGAUGAAUGCAAACAACAAGAAGUUUAAAGUAAGAAGUAGAUUUUAGGGCACACAGACUACAGUGCUUAUUGGAAUCCUCUUCUAAUCACAGUUGUACUCCUUGCAACACUUGUCUGCACAAUCUAUUGUUUUGGAUUCUUGGCAGGAGAUGAGAUUUUGUUUUAUGAAAAAAAUUGGAAAUAUAAAAAAGAGUUGCACCCAGGUGAUAGCUGCUCUCUGUAGACUGCUUUUCUUCUAUUUAUUAAUAUAUUAUAUCUAGGUUCUGACUUCAUUGGGACUUUGAUAACAUAAAAAAGGCUAACAGUAUAUAGAAGGCUAGAAAAGGAGGCUUGCAGUAUGUUGAAUGCUGUCAUAUAAACAAAGAUACAAUAAAUACUGUAUUUUUCGCUCUAUAGGACGCACCGGACCAUAGGACGCACCUUGUUUUAGAGGGGGAGAACAAGAAAAAUAAAUUAUCCCGCUCUCUGCUCAGCGCCCCUUCAGCGAAGCGGCAGGAGAAACGGAGCCCCUUCCAUUUCUCCUGCCGCUUCACUGAAGGGGCGCUGCGCAAAGAGGGGGCGAAUUUAUUUUUCUUGGUCUCCCCCUCGAGCACAAGGUGCGUUCUGUGCGUUCAACUGUGCUGCCCCCCAAGCUUGUGGGGCUGGCGGUGGGGGGAAGCGCUGCUUUCCCCUACCGCCAGCCUCGAAGAUCCAUGAAGCCUUCGGAGCGCAGCGCGAGUUCCCGCUGUGCUCCGCAGGCUUCGGGUACCUUGUCCUGAAGCCGGGAGAGCAAGACUCUCCUGGCUCCAGCGAAAGGAACCUGAAGCCUCCGGAACGCAGCAGGAACUCGUGGUGCAUUCCGAAGGUUUCAGGCGGCUAUUCCUGAAGCCUGGAGAGCGAGAGAGGUCGGUGUGCACCGACCCCUCUCACUCUCCAGGCUUCAGCGAAAGCAACGCGAAGCCUCCGGAGCAUGGAGGGAGCGCUCCCUCUGUGCUUUGGAGGCUUCGCGUUGCUAUCGCUGAAGCCAAGGAGCCUGAAUUCGCUCCAUAGGACGCACACACAUUUCCCCUUCAUUUUUGGAGGGGGAAAAGUGCGUCUUAUAGAGCGAAAAAUACGGUAUAUGUUUUGGUAGAGCAGGAGGAUUGUUUGUUUUUAGAAACUGUGAAAUGUAGGACUUUUGAUCCUUAUUUUAUACCAGUUGGAUUAUCAUUCUACUUAUAUUAAAAGGGGAAAGAGAAUUAAUCCUGGAUACAAAUGGAGUUCCUUUGUUGUCUUUCUAAAUCAGGUAGAUGCGGUUUGCUUUACUUGGUUCUGCUCAAACAAUGAAUUGGACCUGCUAACACUUCACUCUUCAAAUGUUUAUUAGGCUUUUAACAUUGUCGGUAGCAAUAAAGUAUUAGCAUGAAGACAAAAUGUGCUCUACAGACAUCUGAAGACUAGAAUAUAUACUUCUUGGCUGAAAAUAGAUUGGUUUUAAAAGGCAAUCUUGUGGGCUUCAUCUACUGAUAGCUGAGAUUUGCCUAAGAGGUAAGAUUGGAACUUGAGACUGGUAGCUUUCAUUAUCCGAACCAAUGUACAGUAUUACAUUAUCUGCAAUGUGCAUCAUAUGAGGAACUACUAAGGAGCAAACAUAGAUAUCUGUGCUCACCUGGAACAUUGACUUUCUGUGUAAUUGGGCAAUUAGAAUAAGAUGCCAUUAUUUGGAUGCAAAAAACUUGUUUGCACUUGUCCUUAGGCUUGUUUCUGGGUGAAACAUUUUCAUGCUGCUUCAAGGGAACCAGCAUUCGUAAUUAGCCAGGGGCCAAUCACAUUUUGUGACUGGCAACGAGCCUUUUGUGAGGCAGUGGAGAUGUCCAGGUGCCAUUGUUUGGCGCCUAACAUCUCCACCUGGCUGACAUGGCACCAAAAGACAUGCCUCUUUCACUGCUGCCCUGUCCUGUGAAUCACCUGGUUGGUGGGGCAUUAGGGCACUAGAAGAUGCAUGCCUUUUGGUGCUGCCAUUCCAGCUCAUUGGGCUUCAGUGGCUCCCCUUCCUUCAGAAGGCUGGCACUCUUCACGGCUCCCUUGCUGCUGAAACAUCUGCAGUGCCAACAACUUCCUCUUCCUUUUUUUCUCAUUCAGUGGAGGCCACCUGGGCCCAAUUUUGUUGGGGCCAAGGCAGUUGAGCCCCAGAGUUAGUGGGCUGCUCCUGGUGGCGGUGGAGACCAGCGGCAAAGGUGACAGUGGAGGUGCCAACAGCCAUGGCAAGAGGCGCAGCCGAUGGUGUGCAGGUGCCUGACCCUCUGCUGCUAUAGAUUGGGGUUGCUGCCUGGAGCCCCACUGACACUGCAAAUGCGGAGCUGUUUGUUCUGCUGCUCCAACUUCCUAAACAGCUCCCACAUCUUCUGCAGUUCAGUGUAGGCCUGACUCCAAAUAACCCUGUGACCCUCUCGUUGCACAAGGCAGCAGCAGGAGUGAUACUGCUGUUGCCACCUUCUCCUUCUCCUAUUCUCUCUCUGUCAGGUGAAGCUUCCACCCUCCCUCUUCUUCUUCCCCUUCUCCAAUGCUGCAGGCCAGCUGUCUUCCAAGGUGGCCUAAGGAAGGUGGGCCACCUCUACAUGUCUGGGUGGGGAAGGCUACUCUCACUGCCACCCCGCGGCUCCUGUCCCAGAGGCCGGGUCCAGUCAGCCAGCUGCCACAGUGUUGGGGAAAGGGAAGAAUGUAUUAUUCUGAUGCAUCAUUCAGUCAUAAUGUGAUCAGCAUUUUUGGACUUUGUUCUGUUAUUUGAAUCUAACAUCAAGAUACUCCGGUUGAGACACUCCUAUUGAUAUGUGUUUCGUCUGCAGUCUUGUUUUGUAUUACUGAGGCUCAUUUCCUUUACUAAUGUGGUAAAAUGAGGUAGUAUCCUGACCAUGUGAAUAAUGCAUAAUAUGGACAAUAUGGACUAGAUAAAUUAAUCUGCUAUAUCAGGGCUUUAUAAAGCUCAAGUGACUUUCUAUUUCCAGCUACUCACUGCCCCCCUCAAGCCCUGUGUAGAGUUGUGCUUCGUUCAUUACCACAUGGCUUCUCUUCAAUUUUGUGUGAAACCUAAACUAAUCUAUUAGUACACUUGGAUUGUUACAUCUCUUGCAUGGAGAACUGUUUUUUUAAGAUGCAAUCCUAACUCCACUUAUCUAGGAGAAAGCCCCGUUGAAUUACUUCUGAGUAGAUAAGGUUACAACUACACUGUUAGUGCUUAUUUAAAACAUUUAUGUGCCAUCAUUCUACCUGAUAGCAAGCAUUCUAGGCAACUCAAAAUGAAACAUAACAUUAUAUUUUAUCACAGUUUAAAACAUACAAUUGCAACACAAAGCAUUAUUACCAAUCUGACAAUAUUUUAAAAUAAUAUCUAUUUUGCUGAGUGGUCAGGUAAUACUAGGUAGUAGGGUAGGUUGUUGAUUUUGCACAGACACAGGAAAACUUGUAAUACUGAUUAGGUACUUCCCAUCUCUAUCAGGCUAUACACUAUCAUUUUAUUUUCCUUGUUUAUAAAACAACUGAAUAGAUUUGAAAACUUUACAAAUCCUUGUUAAUGCUGAAAACUACUUUUGAAAUCUGUUGGUAGGAGUAACAAAAAAUAAGUAACUUGAAAUAAAGUUUUAGUACCGUAACUAGAAUUCCUAAAACUCAAAACUGCAACUUCCUUGGGAUUUUAGAAUAGUAUGGAUAUUGUCCUGCAUAAUUGUUGUAGUACUUUCAUGAGAAUUGGGUGAAACUAAGAAGCUAAUAGUUUUAUGUACAUAGCAGUUUCUGAAAACAAAUGUAACUCACUGGUGCUUUGCAUUGUACUUAUUCCUGGGAACCUUAUAGCAACUGAACACUAAUAAAAAUAAUCUGAGAAGGAUGAAAAAAUGUAUAAAAGGUCCUCAAGCAGCAGCUUCCUAUUCUUGAAUGAGCCCUGCAUUGGUAGACUUGGAGGUGGUGAGUCUCUCAUAAAGAAAUUUUGGUCAGAAAUUUUCAGCAAUACAGCUUGUGGAUUAUGCCAGCAGCAUAAGAAGAUCCUGCUGGAUCAGGCCAAUAGCCCAUUUAGUUCAGGAUCCUUCUCUCACAGUGACUGAACAGAUGCCUGAGGGAAACCAGCAAGCAGGAUUUGAGCACAAGAACACUCUCCCCUCGUGUGGUUUCCAUAACUGGUAUCAAUCUUGUUAGAUCUGACUCUGACAUUUCAAUCAGCAGUAGUCAUUCCCUCCAUGAUUUUCAGAGUAAACCUCCAUCUAGAAGCACUUGUAGUCUUUGCCUGCAUUUUGGACUUUAUAGAAGCAUAUAGCAAUUAUUUCCUGUUCCACUACAGCUCUCUAGGGCAUAAUCUGUCUGUUUGGUAAUGGUGUGUCAUUUCCCUUCAGGGUAAUGAUAAUAUAAAUUAUGUCUGUAUAUGUAAAAUAAGGUAUCCUGGGGAAAACCCUAGGAUAUUCAGCUGGGCUUGUGACCCUCAAGGGGUCAUUGGGUGUGCAUACAUGUAUCUUCAGAAGGUCAUCAGUGCUGGGAUUCUUGGAAUGUCAAUGGCUAUUGAAAGACAUGAAGCAUGUUCUGGAAUGUGUGCUCUGAAACUGCAAAUAGUAGCUCUAGAAGAAGUAAUAACAGAAAGCUGCUGAAUUCUGAUCAAAGCCCAGAUCAGUCAGAUAGGCUUUAUCAUUUUCUGGACUAGUGGAAUGAUAAACUACUUUAUGCAGUAAAGUGCUGUGCUCAGUGGGUGAAAGCAUAAUUGGACUAGAGGUAUCCUUGGCAAGAGAAAGAUGAGCACUUCUCCUGAAAUCUCUGCCUUGUUCUGAAGAUUGAGCUUUUACAGCCUGAUAAUGUGGACAGGAUACUUGGUAGUGGGUUAGGCUUACCACAUGUCAUUUGGCUCUUUGUUUAUCAUGGUUUGUGAGAGCUAAUUAAGAGGGAUUGACUGGAUGCUCAUUGUGGGAGGGAGCAAUUCCUACCAUUUUGAAAGAGGUAAUGCUGUGCUCCCUCCUUAAGAGGCCUUACCUGGACCCUGAGGUGGGUUAAAAAAAAGAUUAGCAACUAUUUUAUUAGCUCAUUUGACACACACUCCCUAGCCCUUAAUCCUCCAUAAAAGUUUUUGUCACUCUGUUCCAAAGAGAAUCAAGCACAAUAGCUGCACAAGCCUAGCCACACACCACGCAAGCAAGGUGCUAGUUUAAGGCUUGGCUCUUUUUGUCAUACAUAGAUCUGCUGAUUGAUGAAGCAGAGCUCCUCCUCCUCUGCAAAAGAAAGGCCCCCAAGAAGUUUCAGUCCUAGCCUAAGAAAGUGUAGGAUCUUUGAAGCUGCAUCGUCGUCAUCAGAAAGCUUGGUGGUCUCUGCUGGCAAAAGGAGUGGGGUGUGAAAAGCCAAACACAGGCCCACUGGUACCUUUGAUUUGAUCCAGGCCUCAGAGAUGGGCAGUUUGGGCAUCCUCUGCCUUAGUAAGUACAAUCAGGUGUUGGCUGAUGAGGAAGACAAGCAGCAAGCUAGCAAUCUCCACCAUCAAGUUAAUUCUGAGUUUCCAUUUGCUGCCACAAAACACAGGGUGCCCAUCCACGUAAAUGGGUCGCUGGUCUUCAUUUGCCAGGAAAAAGUCACAAUUGUUUUUCAGCUUGAUGAUGCCUUGCUUGUGGGAUAUUUUUGAGGCUGGCCCCUGCAGUGCUAGAUCCACACCAAUCUGAUUGUCUUUGGUGGCUCUGCCAAGUGUGAUCUUCCAUGGCUCUGCCAAGUGUGAUCCCCCAGGAGUGCCUAAGAUAAUGCACCACCCUUUCACGCAACACAGCCAAUGUCUGGUUAUCAAAAUCAGGGGAAGUCAUUCCUGUUAUACUGUCCACAAGCACCUGCCACUUAUGUAGCUCUUGCUCCAGCUGCUGGAGUUCAUGCUUCUGUCUCCAGUCUGCCUUGGUCAGCUCAUGCUCCAACACCUCAUCUCAGAUAUCAUUUGGUUUGCUGUCAUCUAUCAUGUAUUUGGCAUGAGACAGUUGAGCACCUGAUCCCCUUUGGGCAGUGGCUGCAAUGUUCCCAAGAGGUAGUACUGCUUCAUUAGUUUCCAGUGUGUUGGUAGGAUCUUGGCAGUGCAGGAGGGGUAGAAAACCUCUGGGUAUCCAUGGUGGGUUGGCUCCACUGCUUUGCUGAAGAGCACUUUACUCUGCAUAGAGACUAUGGCUUCUGGAUGCAACUGCUGCAUGGCCUGUCAAGACAGCUUUGAAAUCACAGGGUUAUAGAGCAGAGCAUGCCACCUCUUCUGGAUCUCCUGCAGAUUAAAACAGCAGUUGAACCCCCAAGUGCAAAGAGGUCAAGUCAUGGUCUGAAACACAAUGCUGAUCAACAGCAAGAUCAGUGGGUUUCCAGCGGCCCAAAUCCUUGGUGUCCUUCAAAGGCUGCUUGCACUUCUUCAUCAUCUGCUUGGUGAUGCUGGGAUUUGGAGCUGGGCUUGGAGUGACUUGUGCAGAUUUGGACACCUUCUUCUUGUCACUGGAAGAAGGCUCAUUGGCAGAGUAGUGCCCUGACUCCACCCCACUGGAGUUCUUGGCCUGGCUGGAUGAUUUGGCAAGACUGCUCUCUACAAGUUCAUCAUCAAACUUCAUCAUCAUGGCACCCAACACCUGUGAGGAGCUCAUUUUUUGCCCUUCCAGAGACUUGUCUUCAGAGUGACUCAUUGUGCUUGACACCGUCAGUCUGGAAUCCAGCAUGUCAUUCCCAAGUGUUAUAGGAAAGACGUGCUGGAUUCUCCUUUCUCUCUCUGACCUCCAUCUUGGAGAUGUGAACCUGAGGUGUUUUGAGAAGUACUGCCCAGUUGUGAAUAUCCCUUUUGAGGCACAAGGUAAUUGAGAUGGUAGUGGCUGGUUAAUUGCAGAUGUUCAUGGAUGAAAUAGAUUAUCUGAAACAAUUUCAGUCUGGGCCUGGUUAUGGCAUCAACAAAGCCUUGGUUGCUGAUUACCUUUACCAGCAGAGAGCAGGGGAGUGCUAGAUUAAGAGCUGCAGUUAGUGCAGAACAUGGCUACAAGGUUGCUGAGCUGUGUAGCUAAGUGGAAUCGUAUAGCACCAAUCCUUAGAAUGCUGUGCUAGUUGCUGUAACUGUUUCGUGUUGCUUUUACAUGUUUUUUAUGUAUACUGCCUUGAUAUUUUGCAAGAGUGCAGUAUAUAAAAACUAUAUAUACUACUCCUGAGGCCUCAAAUGGUCAGAUUCUAUUGUUCUGAUCUAGUGAGGCAGAAAUAUAUAACAUAGUGAUAGUCUAAUAAACAUGCAAAAAACGCAAAUGGUGUGUUGCUCUUGGUGGCUUGAAGAAUCCUGUAUGAUAGAAAUAAAACGUUUUGAAGACAUUGUAAAGUGGUUGAGGUCUGCUAGUUCACAUCAAGCCUUUACUUAGAAAUAAGUUCUGCUGAGUUCAAUGGAACCUGCUUCCAGUUAAGUGUGUUUAGAGAGCUUCCUGGUGCGUAUGUAUUAUUUGGAUUGGUGUUCCUCAUGCAUGCAGGUUUCUUCUAACUUCCCCAUCAAAAUAUGAGUACUGUACACAUUCUCCCCACACCUCCAUUAAUCCGGAUUUACCCUUUCCAGGGGAAAUCCAGUAAGUGGAAAAACCCUUGCUGCCAAUGUCCUGUUUGCAAUGUCUCAGCAACUCAAUGGCAAAUUAAGCCCCUGUCUGGAAGCACUCUCUGUUACAUCAAAUUAAAAAGGUUGUGUGCAUGUCAAAGCUAUUGAUAAACUACUGCAAACUUUCAGUGAGUAUCUCUGGUGUCAUUAGCAGUAUGCUAAUUUAAAAGAUGUUAGUGUUUUAAAUGUACAUUUUAGAUAUCAAGUUAUCAUAGUACAAUAAAGUUUAUUAUUUGAAUUUGUCAAUCUGUAAAACAUUUAAACUGUUAAAAAAAGAAUAAUAUUGAUAUACUGUUGGCUACGGUUUCAGGUUAGGUUGCUUUUACUCUUUCCUGACGAGGUGUUCUGUGGUUAUGAGAGGUUCAAGAUGACCAGAAAUAACCUGAUGUAUGUUCUGCUAACCAUUAUAGAUUAUUAUUUAUAUAGUGCUGGCUACACACAUAGUGCUUUACAAAGAACAGUUGCAACAAGGCAUUGCCUCAGUGGACUUACAAUCUGAAAUCGACACAGGGAAAGCAGAGGAAGGGGGAAAAUGGAGGCAAUAAUAUGUGAUUACUUCAAUUUCAUGUACUUUUGCUUGGUUACAAAAAGAACUUCCUGGAAAAAGAAAAGAGUCUUGUGGAGGAAGUUAAAGGAAAUGGGGGAGGUGGUCACAUUGAGGUAUUGGAUGACCGAGGGUAGUAGAGCCAGUUCACCCAAGGUCACAGAAAGGGACGUGUUGGGAAAGAAAUAAUUUUUUUGCAGCUACUAUAGUAAGUUGCUCAUCUAUGUUCUCUAAUAUUCUUAAAUGCCAGAAAGCAUUUCUGGCAAGCGAUGGGCUGCACCUCACAACGGUUGGGAGGAAUGUUUUUGCCAAAAAUCUCAGAAACCUCAUCAGGAGGGCUUUAAACUGACUAAUGUGGGGGAGGGAGACAGUGCUCCUGAAGGUAGGAGUCUAUCAAUUGAUGAAGAUGAUCAUCCAAAUGUCAUAGACCAAAUGGAGCAAACAGCACGCAGAACUAGUGGUGGGAGGAAAAAAUCCUUAAAUAAGAGACAUGGGGGAAUGAUUAAUGGACUUCAAUGUCUGUACACUAAUGCGCAAAGCAUGGGAAAUUAGAUGAGCUUGAGCUCUUGGUACAGCAAACUAAAUAUGACAUAAUAGGCAUCACUGAAACCUGGUGGGAUAAGUCCCACGAUUGGAAUGUAAUAAUGGAGGGAUACAAACUAUUUCAGAGAAACAGACCAGACAAGAAAGGAGGAGGAGUGGGGUUAUAUGUCAGGGAUGUGUAUACCUGUGAAGAGAUCCAAGAUUUAGAACCUCAAAGCCAAAGUGAGAGCAUUUGGGUCAAAAUUAAGGGAGAGAAGAAUAACAGUGACCUCAUUGUGGGAGUUUACUAUAGAUCCCCAAGCCAAACGGAGGACAUAGAUGAUGCCUUCCUGGAACAGAUGGCCAAGCAUGCAAAAGGAAGGGAGAUAGUAGUAAUGGGGGACUUCAAUUACCCGGAUAUUUGUUGGAUGUCAAACUCAGCCAAGAGCAUAAGGUCAAACAGAUUCCUCACUGGCCUUGCAGACAACUUCAUUGUCCAGAAAGUGGGAGAAGCAACAAGAGGAACAGCCAUUUUAGAUCUGGUCCUAACCAAUGAUGACCUGGUUAGUGGGGUAGAAGUGGAAGGAUCAUUAGGCGCGGGUGAUCAUGCUCUUCUGAAGUUUACUAUACAGCGGAAAGGAGCAGCCAAGCAUACUAGGACUCAAUUUCUUGACUUUAAGAAAGCUGACUUCAUAAAACUUAGGGAAGUGCUGGGUGAGAUCCCAUGGACAGUAAUACUAAAAGGAAAGGGAGUUCAUGAUGGCUGGGAGUUUGUUAAGAGGGAGAUAGUAAAAGCACAACUUCAGGCAAUACCAAUGAGAAGGAAACAUGGAAGGUGCCUAAAGAAGCCAGGGUGGCUAUCUAAAGAACUUUUAACUGAGUUAAGAUUAAAAAAGGAUGUGUACAAAAAUGGAAAAGGGGAAACCACCAAAGAGGAAUUCAAACAAAUAGCCAGCACGUGUAGACACAAAGUCAGAAAAGCUAAAGCACAGAAUGAACUCAGGCUUGCUAGAGAGGUUAAAAGCAACAAAAAAGGCUUUUAUGGGUAUGUUCGUAGCAAAAGGAAGAACAAAGAAACAGUGGGAUCACUCAGAGGAGAAGAUGGUGAAAUGCAAACAGGGGACACAGAAAGGGCUGAGCUCCUCAAUGCCUUCUUUGCCUCAGUCUUCUCCGAUAAAGAAAACAAUGCCCGACCUGGAGAAUUUGGAGCAAAUGAUUCAGCAGAGGAAACACAGCCCAGAAUAACUAAGGAGAUAGUACAAGAAUACUUGGCUAGUCUAGAUGUAUUCAAGUCUCCAGGGCCAGAUGAACUGCAUCCAAGAGUAUUAAAAGAACUGGCAGAUGUGAUCUCAGAACCACUGGCAGUCAUCUUUGAGAAUUCCUGGAGAACAGGCGAAGUCCCGGCAGACUGGAGGAGGGCAAAUGUUGUCCCUAUUUUCAAAAAGGGGAAAAGAGAGGACCCAAAUAAUUACCACCCAGUCAGUCUGACAUCAAUACCAGGGAAGAUUCUGGAGCAGAUCAUUAAACAGUCUGUGAGCACCUAGAAAGGAAUGCUGUGAUCACCAAUAGUCAGCAUGGAUUUCUGAAACAUAAGUCAUGUCAGACUAACCUGAUCUCAUUUUUUGACAGAAUUACAAGCCUGGUAGAUGAAGGGAACGCAGUGGAUGUAGCCUACCUUGAUUUCAGCAAGGCAUUUGACAAGGUGCCCCAUGAUAUUCUUGUAAAGAAGCUGGUAAAAUGCAGUCUUGACUAUGCUACCACUCAGUGGAUUUGUAACUGGCUGACUGACCGAACCCAAAGGGUGCUCAUCAAUGGUUCCUCUUCAUCCUGGAGAAGAGUGACUAGUGGGGUACCACAGGGUUUUGUCUUGGGCCCGGUCUUAUUCAACAUCUUUAUCAACGACUUGGAUGAUGGACUCAAGGGCAUCCUGAUCAAAUUUGCAGAUGACACCAAACUGGGAGGGGUGGCUAACACCCCAGAGGACAGGAUCACACUUCAAAACGACCUUCACAGAUUAGAGAACUGGGUCAAAACAAACAAGAUGAAUUUUAACAGGGAGAAAUGUAAAGUAUUGCACUUGGGCAAAAAAAAUGAGAGGCACAGAUACAAGAUGGGUGACACCUGGCUUGAGAGCAGUACAUGUGAAAAGGAUCUAGGAGUCUUGGUUGACCACAAACAUGACAUGAGCCAACAGUGUGACGCGGCAGCUAAAAAGCCAAUGCAAUUCUGGGCUGCAUCAAUAGGAGUAUAGCAUCUAGAUCAAGGGAAGUAAUAGUGCCACUGUAUUCUGCUCUGGUCAGACCUCACUUGGAGUACUGUGUCCAGUUCUGGGCACCACAGUUCAAGAAGGACACUGACAAACUGGAACGUGUCCAGAGGAGGGCAACCAAAAUGGUCAAAGGCCUGGAAACGAUGCCUUAUGAGGAACGGCUUAGGGAGCUGGGCAUGUUUAGCCUGGAGAAGAGGAGGUUAAGGGGUGAUAUGAUAGCCAUGUUCAAAUAUAUAAAAGGAUGUCACAUAGAGGAGGGAGAAAGGCUGUUUUCUGCUGCUCCAGAGAAGCGGACACGGAGCAAUGGAUCCAAACCACAAGAAAGAAGAUUCCACCUAAACAUUAGGAAGAACUUCCUGACAGUAAGAGCUGUUCGACAGUGGAAUUUGCUGCCAAGGAGUGUGGUGGAGUCUCCUUCUUUGGAGGUCUUUAAGCAGAGGCUUGACAACCAUAUGUCAGGAGUGCUCUGAUGGUGUUGCCUGCUUGGCAGGGGGUUGGACUCGAUGGCCCUUGUGGUCUCUUCCAACUCUAUGAUUCUAUGAAAGUAGUUUGCUUCUGACUGUGUGUGCGUGUGUUUUGCCUCUGUUCUCAAUGAGCUUUUUGUAUUGCUUAUAAUGAACCCCCUUGUUAGACCUCAUUCUUCUUUUCUUUCAGAUAACAUCCCAGAUGAACUGAAGGACCCAUUUUAUAUAGAUCAGUAUGAGGAAGAACAUAUUAAACCACCUGUCAUCAAGCUGUUGCUGUCCAGCGAGCUCUACUGCCGUGUCUGCAGCCUCAUUCUGAAAGGGGAUCAGGUGGCUGCUCUGCAGGGACACCAGUCGGUCAUCCAGGCUCUGUCUCGGAAAGGGAUUUACGUCAUGGAGAGCGAUGAUACACCUGUGUCUGAAUUGGAUCUCAGCUGUGCGCCAAUCAAAAUGGUUAGCUUAAGAAAAGAAAGCUUAACUUUUCUUUGCCGUAGUACCCAUUCUGUCCUUCAGAGUUUUUCACCUUAGCUUCCUCAAUUGUAGCCUGUUUUAAUUAGCCAACUUAAAAAAAUAAAUAUCCCCUGCUUUCUUCAAAUAUAUUUGAAUGAAACAUGUUCUUAUUUGUUCCUUAGAGUCCUCACAUGGCAAUGAUUGAUGCCCUCAUGAUGGCCUACACUGUGGAAAUGAUCAGCAUUGAGAAAGUGGUUGCAAGUGUCAAAUGUUUUUCUACAUUUAGUGCCUCAAAGGAAUUGCCCUAUGAUCUGGAGGAUGCAAUGAUAUUCUGGAUUAAUAAGGUAAAAAACAAUGGUGUAAAACAGCAUCUUUAGAUGUGAGUAGAUUUGAACUCUAUUGCAUACAUUUCCUGUAGGGAAAUGGUAUUCAGUAGUCAUUGCACUAUUAAUAAAAGUUAUCCCCCCCAUCAAACAAUGAGUAAACAGCAUAAACAUAUUUUAUAUUAAAAGAGUCUAAAUUAAUAAAACAGUGCUUUUUCUUCAUUUGACCAUAAUGACAUAAGAGCAGCCCUACUGGAUAAGACCAAAGGUAUCCCUAGUUAGUCCAGUUUCCUGUUUUCCACAAUGGCCAACCAGAGGUCUCCAGGAAACCUACAAGGAGGGCACAAAGACAAUAGUCUUCUCCCACUGUUGUUCCCUUACAACUGAUUUACAGGAUAUCUUGGUGGUAGCACACAGCUACCAUGACUAGUAGUCCAUGAUAGACAAAUUCUUGGAGGAAAAGGCUUCUCUUGUUUGAAAGCUUUGUAAAUUGGUGUCGGUCAUCACAUCACAUCUUGUGGCAGAAAAUUCAGCAGUUUAGAUACGUACCAAGUGAAGUAUUUCCCUCUGUUGUUCUUGACUUUCCCAUGUUCUAGUAUUAUGAGAGAUGGGGAAAGCACCUCUACCCACUCAUAUCCACUCAGUCUUUAUUGUUUUAUAGUGAAAAGGAUCUGCUUGCUACCAAACAUGAUUUUGGGGGACUUUAAUAAAAUUAUCCAAUGUGGGAGGCUUUAUUUAUGAGGACUCCAAUAAAAGUUACUCAUUGUUCAGACACAGGUUAGCUCACACAGCUACUCUGCUUUAUUGUGCCAACCCAGUGUGAAAAUCCACUUCUCAAAAUUAAUUUUAAAACUGUUAUUUUUGAAAAUGAUUAUAUAUGAAACCAGAGAUUGGCCUUAAUUUUUAAAAUAGGUUGGAAGUCAUACAUGUGAAGUAAAUCAGUUGGGGUCUUUAUUUAAGUCUAAACAUAGCUUUUGUGUAGAGGACUUUUUUCACACUAAAGGUGCCUCACUUCAGCUGGAUUGUGCCCAUUUUGCACUGAUAGUGUAGAAAUCAAGAUGUGGAGGAUGUGUGCAUUGAGGUUGAGAACUUUAAAAGGAUAUUAACCUUAUCCUUCAUGAUAGCCAUGUACUACCUCCAGUGUCAGGCAGUAGGCUUCUGUAUGCCAGUUGCUGGGAAUUGCUGUUGUGCUCAGGUCCUUGCAGCUGCCAGUAGGCAUCUCCUUGGCCCCUGUGAGAACAGAAUGCUGGAAUAGAUGGACCUUUGAUCUAAACUAGUGCAGGGUUCUUAAAUUCUUAGACUGUUGGCUGUGAGUCAUUUGCAGUGCCAUGUCUUUGGAGAAUAGUUGGUUGGGAGAGGGGAGAGUCUAGAAAAAAAUAGGAAGACAUUGAAAAAUGAAACAAGCACAGUGUGGGAGAGAACUGACUGGACAAAUCCCUGAAGCUGGAAUUCCUGAUACCUGCCUUAACUUGGGUGUCUGUAAUAUGUACUAGAAAGCAGAAAUGUUUUCUACUGUUUGUUAGCACCUAGAGCCUUAAGAUAAUGCAAGGAAAAACUGAGUGCAGUACCAUUUUGAUCAUCAGCAUGUGAAAUACUUUUAUGGGUGGCCUCUGUUCCUCCUCUGGUUUGAGUUCAGAAGCAUAGAAGACUGAUAAGGCAAACGGCAGUUGAACUGAAGCAGUACAAAUAUUUUUUGGGAAAGGUAUGUAAUUGUCAUUAUCUUUUCCCCUAUUUUUAGGUGAACCUGAAAAUGAGAGAGAUAACAGAAAAAGAGGUCAAACUAAAACAGCAUUUACUGGAAAGCCCAGGUCACCAAAAGGUAAAAGACACUUUAGAUGAAUCAUGGAUUUUAGUUUAUUCACAUGUAUAUUACUUGGAAAUAGAUUGUAUUACUUUUCAGCUGCCAAGUAGGAUGGCUUACCAAGUAAGCGGUUGUAAGCUGUCUUGCACUUCAUUUACAUAGAAUUCUGUACCGUGUGCAAUGCUUCUGGUUUCCUUUCCCUGCAUUCUUUGUGAUAACUGCAGGUCAAUGUGUGUAUUGAGCUUCCAAAUGCUUGUGCUUUUCCCAUGUGUGCCCUGAUGUUCCUUGAUUUCAAAGUCAAUGAGGAAGCCUGUGCAUUUGGAGGCUGCUCUGGUAUUUUGGAUUAGAGUAGUUGUCUGUACCCUGCAUUUUACUCAUCUCUUAAAAUGUCAAUGCUGUAUUUUCAUAAUAUUUAUAAUGUAACAUAUUACUUUCAGGAUUUAUUGUGAAGUUAUUCAGGAUCAUAUUUGCUGUACACAUUGAUUUGAAGAAAUUCAGGAACCCUUUCAAGUACUAAUAAAGCAUGUGCUAAAUAGUCAAAAGAAUUAUCAGUGUUACAUGUGCAACUCUUCCCCUCUUUUCUCCCUUUAAUUAUUUCAAUGCACUAAAAAUUGUUAAUAAAUGCUACACUUUCAUUACUGGGGAAUGGAAGUUUUUCCUCAAAUAUAAAUAACUUCAAAGUUGGUCUGAUUUGUUGUGAAUGUUUUGGCCAAACUGCACUGAGCUAAGUAGCACUAAAUACUGCUGUAAUGAUGUUAACUGGUGCGGAGCAAAAAACUCUUUCAGUAUCCUUUAUUGCAGAAGGAAGCAUUUAAAUAACUGCCUAUGAGACUUCUUAAUUUGAUGCUAGCAUUUCCUUCUGAGGAUACUGUUGGCUCAAGUAUUUGCCUACUACUAUUUCAAGAACCUACCAUGGUAUGAAAGUGUCUGUGGAUUGGGUGCAUUUAAGUAUUGCUUAUAACUUGCUCUGCUGAUGUUCCUCUCCUGUUCCCACAUUCCCUUCCCUGCUUCCUGAGCAGUCUCCUUCCAAAUGGUAUUGGAAAUUAGUACCUGUAAGUGAAUUAAUUCUAUGUGACAGUUGUCAUCUGCAAAACCAUGGCUUUUAGUAAUUCUUUUAUUGGUGUUCGCUUCCAUUUAAAAUGCUGCUUUCACAACUUACAAUAUACUCUCUGCUUAAGGAUUUUUUUAUAUUAAAAAAAUGUAGAUUCCAUUACAUGAGCCAACAUACUGUAUGUACAGCAUACUCAUCACUAUACAGCAUUUAAGAAUUUUGGGGAUUCAAAAUCUUAAUUUGGAGAAGCAAGGAAAUCAGUCAAACAUUAGGAACAAUCUACUGAUUGUGUGUUACUGUUCUCCUGUUAAGAAAACUCCUUUUAUGCAGUGCUAAGGUGAAGCUGGUCAGUUUAAAGUAAUUUGGUGCUUGUAUGUCUUAGAAAAUGGGUUGUGAGCAGUGCUUUUUUUCUAAAAAAAAUGUUUAGGAGUACUUUCAUUUUCCUACUCAUAUUGAAAUACUGCCCCUCAAUGAGGCCAAACUUAGAUUCACAAAAUGUUUAGGGGUAUGCGUACCCCUGUGUCCCCCCCAGAAAAAAGCACUGGUUGUGAGGAUUGACUUCCACAUUUGAGCUUUAGGCAGGGUGCUGUUAAAAUGUUUCCUAUACAAUGCAAAUUUUAUUUCUUGUGCUCAUGCAUAUCAUGGCCACUUGAUUCCAUUACUAUUAAUAUUUUGUCUCAAAGGUAUAGAUGCUUAGUACUUUAACAAAACAAAACAAAAUCUUCAGUAUUUUCUGUUCUGCAUUCCUAUGGAUAUGAUGGAUUCUUAUUUUGGUUCUAGAGGCAUGUAACUUGAUUCAUUUGUUGUUCUGAUUAUGUAAUUAAUCAGCUAAGGGAAGGCUCUGGAUUUGCGCCUGCAGUUGGCUUUAAAUGCUCAGGAGAGUCUGGUUGUGGGCAGUCUUGGUGAUGGAAUAUUAAGCUAUAUCAAGUAUUUCUUUGCCCUUUUCUGACAGUGAUAAUUGAAAUAGUAAUUAGGGGGGAAAUCUGUUAAAUGGGUCUUACAUUUUGUAAAUUCUUUUUGUGAACCACAUUGAGGGUUUUUUUGUUUUAAGCUAUAUAAUUUUUUUCUGAAAUAAAUGAAUAACUAUUGCUGCAAUCCUGAAACCAUAUGGAUAUUAUUGAUUUUAUGCUAACCAGUUCAAAGCUGGUAGCCAAAUGCCCUUGAUCGUAUUCAAGUUGCAUUGGCAUGCUCUUGCGAUACUAGCAUAACAUUCCUUGCUGUCAUCAUUGUGCCAGAGCUCCUGGUGCAUGGGCAGCAGAUGCCAUCCUAAGCAUUUAUUGGAUACCGCAGAAAGUCUUUAAGUGAGAGCAAAUGUCCCUAGCUUGUAAUAGUUUCUAAAAUUGUGUAGGAUUUAGCUUCCAGAAUGAAGGCAAUGCUAGAUAUCGCUCAAAACCAAGGUUUUCAAUUUAGUAACACUUAGUUUGCUUUGAAGUCAUCCUUCUGGUAUUGCUUAGGCAGUGGGGAGAUGAAGGUGGGAAGUAUGCUUUAAACUAACCAGAUCACCUUACUAUGUAAAGUAAUCUGCUUGAUUGAAUAAUCAUAUUCACUACUUAAUGGGUGUCAACUUGCUUGAAUUUAUUAUAUGAUUCUGAUUACCAUCUUGUAUCUUGCUAUUUUUUGUGUAAGCCUGAUCUGAUGCAUGCCCUAUCGCACUGCAUGCUGGAACCAGUGGAAUAUGCUCGUGUGGUACAGUAUGAUUCACAUUGCAUUACAUAUUUAUGGAGAGCUUCAGGCUGGGGGAAAAGCAACUUGCAUCUUGUAUUUAUAAAUCUCUUAAUUCAACACAUCUUAUAUGGCCCUUGCUCAUUUAGUAUGAUAUACCUUUCUUUUGCAUCUUUUUUGUAUAAUACUAAUAUUGAUAUUUGACAAAGCUUUGAUUAUCCUGCUGGGAAAACUUUAAAUUAAACUGAACUGAAUAAUUCAAAACUAAUUUUGUUGCAUUGCUUUUUCCCUGUCUUUGGAACUUGUAACCAAGUAAUACUUGUUUGCAGAAAUAAUUUCUCAGCCUAUGCUUUCCUCAAAUAUAUACACGUUUCAUACAUAGAUAUGGCCUUAAGUAGCUAGCUAGCAGUAUUGUGUAUUGUGUAGUAUAGUUUAGAUAAAAAUAAUGAAAUAUUUUUACUAUACUGUAGCGGUAUAGAACUGAAAGGUAUUUAGUCAAAUACUAUUUAUUGUGUGAUUUAUUAGCUUAAUACAGUCUCCAUGCAAUCUAUUGAAUAUUAGGAUUAUAGCACAAUAAGUGAAAAUGCUUUCUGUUAGACUGGUAACAACUUCAGUUGGAUCUGUUUUAUGCUAUAUUAUGCAGUAGCCUUAGGCUUUAGUUAAUAUAUUGAAAUCCCUGCUACUGAAGUGGGAACUUACUGAGGUGCUGCUUUGCUUAUUAAACUUGCAAGUAAUUUUACUCGCUAGCAGAGUACUCUUGAUACACUGUCAAAGACUAUUGUGUGCUAAAGCAAUUAUUGAUUUGGAGCACAGAAGAACCAAAGAACAGAUUAUAUCUGUUUAUGCCAGCAACUCAUUACAUAAAAUUAGUGCAUGCCGGUAGUGGAAUGGAGUCUGACAAGAAGAGCCUUGUAAUACAAGUACCAAUUGUUUUUCAGGUUGCCUGUUGGAUUUAUUUGUAAUUCAGCUUACAAAACUUUGGGUCUACCAGACUUAAUCUUUGCUUCACUGUUUCUCUAGGAUUGGUGGGUUGGUAUCACUAUUUCAAAUUAGGUACAGUUUAACCAACUAAAAAUGCCUCAAGGAAUUGAGUUUGUAGUUUUGUAGACUAUUUAUUAUGGUCAGCCGACCAAUGCAAUAGAAUAUCAGAUCACAAGAUCAGUGAUGAAUUAUGAGAAGUAUCAAGCUGAGGAAUGGCAAUCGUAACAUCACUGCUUCAUACUGUAAUUAUGACAAGACAAGUAGCUUUGCUACAGUGACAAAUUCUGCCUUCCUCUAUUAGGUACGUUAUCGCCGAGAUCACCUUUCAAAUAGGCAGUUACCAUUUUUCCCAUUGCUUGAAGAUUUGAUGAAGGACUGCAGUGAUGGGGCUGCUUUAUUGGCUGUGAUACAUUAUUAUUGUCCUGAACAUAUGAAGCUAGAUGGUAUGUGGAUAAGAAAUUCUAAGUGACCUAGUUUUAAAUAAUGUCUGAGUAGAAUGUUACGGAUUUACCAAAAUAGCUUUAUACAAAUCUAAUUGCGGUAUUCAUUAUAAUCUAAUUUAAAUGAUCCAAUAACUUUUAGUCCUACUGUUUGCAGUGGGAGCACAUUUUUAGAAAUAUAUCUGAAACUAACUACACAAAAAUCCUUCACUUUGGUUGGCUCAAACCCCUGGUCAACUGUCCUUUUUGCUUAUUAUGUGUAUCUAUGAUGGCAUGUAAACAAGGAUGGCAAUGCUGCUGCUGCUUCUCAAACAAGGUUGUUGCUUCCAAGUUACCACCUUUGGGGAGUUGUGAUGUGUAUUCUAGGCUUGUUCUCCAUGCAAUACUGAUCUAUAUCAACCCAAGAGAUUGAUGCAAAGGGAUUAGAGAAGUGGCAUUCAUUAGGAAGAGCCCAGGUUGAAUAUGUAUAAUGUAUGGUGAAUCACAUUUCUUACAUCUAAGUAUGGGCACGUUGUAUCCAGAAACUACCACCCUUAUACAUGUUCUAACUUAUCACUUUCCCCUCUCUCAUGCCCAGGAUACUCACUUUAUCUUUCCCGGCUGAGAAUAUCUCCAUGCUGAUACAAAUUGGCCUCAAUAUCCCUAGUGCAGCCUUUGCUAACCCAGUGUCCUCCAUGCUGGCUAGGGCUUAUGGAAGUUUUAGUACAGAACAUCUGCAGGGCACCAGGUUGGCAAAGGCUGCCCCUAGUGUGCUGUUGGGACUUUGAGCUGCACAGUUCCUGUGCUGUCUUUGAAUACCACUCCUGUAGUUUGACUUAUAGGCUGAAGCAAAGCACUGUUGGGAAAAGUGUUGACUGUUUUUUCCUGCAUGAUAACUGCAUGAGCUGAGGGUUAAUCCAUUGGGCUUCCUUGUGACACUGAUCCUUGAUGCUUUUAUCAUUGGUUAGAGAUCUGCCUAAAAGAGGUAACAUCGAUUGCUGACAGUAUCUAUAACAUCCAGCUGCUUCGGGAAUUCUCAAAUGAAUAUCUUAGCAAAUGUUUUUACCUCACACUGGAGGACAUGCUGUAUGCGCCUUUGGUCCUAAAGGUAAGGCAUGGAGGGAUUCACCCAAAUUUUAAAAGACACGUAGAUAGCUUAUUAAUGUUAAAAUCCUUUUUCUAGCCCAACAUGAUGGUCUUCAUUGCUGAAUUAUUCUGGUGGUUUGAGAAUGUUAAGCCAGACUUCGUGCAGCCCAGGGACCUCCAAGAAGUAAAAGAUGGUGAGAUAUUUUGAACUUCUGUAGCAAUAAUAAUAGUAAUAGUAGUAGUAGUAAUAAUAAUAAUAAUAAUAAUAAUAAUAAACAACAACAACAACAACAACAACAACAACAACAAAAUUUUAUUUGUAUCCUGCCCUCCCCGGCCAAAGCCGGGCUCAGAGCGGCUAACAACACAUAAAAAUAGCACAGUGUACAUAAAAUUGCACAGUCAAUUAAUUAAAAUACAUUCUAGAAUCAAAUCAGAAUCAAAUUAAUAGCAACCAUUGGGUUAGAGUUCUAUGCAGAUUACAGAAGACAAUUUCACUGAUGUGGCUAGAACGUUUUAUAUCAAAGCACUUUUUUGUUAGCCUGUGUGGCAUUCCUAUGCGUCUCCAGGCUUGAUUAUCAGAAGCUUAGGUCUUCUAGUGGAUGCACAGAGAGUUGCUAGAUGAGUGUCUUUUUUAUCCUUCCAGACUAGAGCUUAGUUCUUUUUUAAAGUGUAGGCAAAAUACAAGCUUAUCCUACCUAGUAUGCAGUGAGUCCAGCUUGUUAAGUAUUCCUACACUUGGUCCAGUACUUGGUGGCAGUGGGUGUCUGGAAACUCUUGGCACUUGAUUAAAAUAUAUUGAGGUCUGAUUCAGGAAAUCGAAGUGGCAUUGUCCUGCCCAUAAAUUAACAUGGGGCACCAUUCAUUAAGAGACAGCCCUAUGCAGGUCCUGCAGAAAUGGAUGAAAAUUGCACAAGAACGUUUUAUUUUGUUAUGACUGGCAUUGUGCUCCAUGGGCUGGAUGUAUGUCACUUUCUGCACUCCUUAAUCAUUCUAUUCUGUAGUCUUCAAUAGCCCCCAAAAUUGGCUCCUUAUCCUUGUCUCAUGGAAGCACUCUAUUUUUAUGGUCCUUUCCCAUCCUUCAUUUGUUAUAUCCCUCGCUCAUCUCCUAUCCUUUUGCAAUCACUGACUGCCUCCACUUCUGGACUGCCACUAUGCUUUGGGAAUGUUAAAACAGUUGACUUUAUAUAUAUAUAUAUAUAUAUAAAAGUGCAGGUAAAUUUGUUAAAAAGUUUCAGAAUCAUUAUUAAUAGGCAUUCUGCCAAUUUGCUGUUCAAAACAUAUCUGAUUACUGUGAAUUUUAUAUAUGCUUAUCUGAGUUUAUUGGAUUAUGAUACUGAUGAUUUGCAAUGGCAAGAAAUUUCAUAAAAUCUUACUUUGAGAGUGCCUGUUAGGGCUCUUGAUUGGUGGUAGCUCAUUUUUAAGGCAACACUAACACUGUAAAUGAAUGUGCAGCAAAAACAAUGUUGCAGCAGAAGAGUAGCCGCCUGCCUGUUCCUAUUUCCAACGCAACGAAACGCAGUUUCAUGGUGAAUCCAGCUGCUUCCAGUUCACCUGAUGUACAACUCCCAGUUCAGCUCCCUUUGGAGUCUUGCAACAGGUAUUCCCUGCAUCCUGAAGAAUUUGAGUAUCUGUAAGUCUGUCUUUCUAUCUCUACAUUCAGUCUUGCUUUCCUUACCAGUUUGGGAGCUACAGCCUAUUACUAGUGUUACCUUUAAUUGUGUCCAGCAGACUAAUUCCCUCCUCCUUCCAACAAUUCAAAUUAGGCAGCUGUGUGGAUUUUCUCCACAGGUUAUCUUAUUUGGUUUGGGCGAGGUACACAGGCUUACUGAAGGAUCCUUAUAUUUUGGAAAUGAAAACAUACUAUGAGGCCUCCGUUGUCUUUCAGUUUGGUCUGUAGACUUUUGGGAUACUGAAGGCAGCAACAUUUUCUUUGUUCUGCAUUAUGUUCCUCCCACUUGCAUGAAUAAACUUGGUGAGAAAGUGCUUGAAAGCCACUGAUACUCGAUACAUUGCUUGUGAUGGAAAAUGUAACUCAGUUCUGGUUGGAUGGCCGAAUCUUGAUUGUGCUGCUUAUAAACCCAAGUCUCUUCUGUGGCUGAGAGUCUCCUGGCUCUUUUAGUCCCCUGCUGUGAGAAGCUAUGGUGGUCAGAGUCAAUCUCUUUCCCUCUCCUGUGCAUUGGUGCUUCAGCCCCCUUCUCUCCUUCCCCUCCAAAGCUCUGUAUAAGAAUAAAGAGGGGCAACUGUUGCAACCUCCCAGUGCAGCAUCUUUAAUAUGGUUCUUAAGAGCAUGCGUGUCUGAAGAAGCAACUCUAGUUGAGUUUUAGGCAGAGUCUUAAGAGAUACACAUUUGGUAAAAAUAAUAAUAAAGGAAUGUAUUCAAGAGCAAGAAAUGUAAGAAACAAGGAAGUACAAUUCUCAGUCUGUUCAGGCACUGGUUGUGGUGGGAACCUUUUGCAAAAAUCUGUAAGCUAAUCGCACAUCCAAUAUGAAAAAGAAACCAUUUUCUGCGACUGAGUCUGUUCUGUCAUUUAUAGGCUUCUUUCUAGCUUUCAUGGGGUCCUUUUAACCAUCCAUGUAAACGGAAAGCUUCUUAAUGUAAAUUUCAAAUGUCUCCUACAUUAACUAUUAGUUAUUCAGUAACACAUUAUGUACAGUAAGACAGCUUUAAAGUUUCAGUAACUUGAAUCUUCCUAGUCGGGAUGUAAUUAAGUUCUGUAAAGGGCUCUUGAGACUUAAGUCUCAUUAUUCACCCUUCUCUUUACUCCUUCCUUCCUUCCUUCUUUUCCUUCUGUUUUUUUCCUUUUAAAUAUGGUUUCCUUUUAAGAAUGUAGUUCAUUGGCUUAAGCAUAGCCUCUUAAUUUCAGGUAGCUGGUACAAUUUUGUGUUGUGAGUCACUCUUGUUGACUGGCUUAAUUUUUUUACUUUGUUUUGGCAUUUCUGGGCGGGGGGGAUGAUGGGUGUUGUGUAGUAAUGUGUGUUUUUCCUAUUGUUUUGUUUUUUCUCUUGCAAAAAAACCUCUCAUUAAUUGUGUGUGUGUGUGUGUGUGUAUGUGUUUUAACAAUAGCGGAAAAGGAAACCCUGCCUUCAGCCCAUCCCAUCCAUUGCUGCCUUUGAGACAAAAACAACAGAAGUCCCUGCAGGGGGAGGACAGUUCAGGUAGGCACCUAUUUCUCUUGUGAACAUAGGAGCCAACUCCUAGGGGCUGAGGGGGCUUUGGCCCCCCCAUAGUUGAUGGGCAUUUCUAUUCAAAUGGUGUACUUGCACCACAUCAUGUGAUCAGUUAUGCAAGGUGGGGCUUACCUGGACCCCCCAAUAAUUUAUUCAAGUUGGCACCCCUGCUUGUGAACAACUUGAUGCAAAAGUAAUAGCCACAGCACAGAACACAGUUUUGGGUAUUUGGUCCCUCUGAAGUUGACAAUAGAAAGCUCCUAUUACUGAAAGAUCAGGGUUAGGAUGAAGAACACACUGCAACUGAGUGCCCCACCAGGUCUCUGAGUCUCUGGAACUGCAGCUGGGUCAGGCAAUAGUGUGGCUAGUUUAAUCUCACUUGUGAGAAAGGAAAGAGGUGGGGAUAGUAGUGGGCCCUGACUUACGUUUCCUUUCCUUCCCCUCCCACCCAUGUGAUUCAGUCAUUGAGAACUCUAUUCCUUUUCCCAAGCCAGACAGGGUACCUUGUGGUUACAACAAACUUUUGAAGCUGUUGCUCUAGAUUGUUGGAUGUUGCUGUGAGUAUUUUGGUAGGGGAAGGAUGAGCAGUUUUGGUUAAUCUGAGCACCAUUUGCAGAGAAAAUAACUUUGAUAGUGAAUGCCUUUUGUGGUGUUGCUUGGGCUGAUGUGGAACAAUCUUCUGACCUUCACAGUUCUACUCAUACUAUGCCUAUGUAUAAGGUAGAGAAACUCUGGCUGCAGCUGUACUUGGCCAUUUUAUAUCAAGAAUUCCCCCUACCAACUACUACUGAGGCUUCAGUCCUAAGCCUGGUUAUUUGGAAUUGAGUUCCACUUAGAUUGAGUUUUCAAUGCCAAUCAGCAACUCACGAUAUCUAGGCUUAAAAACAUGUGUACUUGUCAUAAUAGUGCAACAAUUUUGAGCUAUGGUAUAUAUGACAGCAGUUUUAUACUGCCCUCUAAUGGUGAAAUCUUGUUAAGUGGACAUUCUGUAAAAAUAAUGUAAAAGCGUAAAAUAAUUAAAAUCAAGAGUGUUUGAAAAGUUGUCCAACAUCCUUUAUAUAUAUAUCUAUAUAUAUAUUUGUAGAUCAACGGCAUCGUUCUAAUUCAUUGACAAAAGUAGAUGGGCAGCCACGGGAGUCAAUCCUUGCAUGGCCAGAGAAGAAGCAAAGGUAAUAUAUACUGGAUGAUAUUGUAUGGGAAAAGCACCUUAAUAUCUUUGCAUGCUGUUGACAUGUGGUAUGGUUUUAUUGGUAAAAAUGUUGAUAAUAGUGUUCAUGCAGAUAGCGUAGUAUUAUGGCCUGAUAAAAAUGCAGCAAUCUACUGUUGAUGCAGUGGUUAGGUGUUGAACCUGGUCAUGAAAGAGUUUUGUGCCUUGAUUUCUGUGAUGGGGAAGUGCAUAGCAUCUUCUUUCCAGUCUGUAAAAUGGAAAUAAUAAUGUCCUGCCUCAAAUAAUGGUUGGAUUCUAUCUAUUUGAAUACCAAUGUGUAAAGAAGUUCUUUGGAUAUUAGCAUAUUAUGAUAAUGAAUGUCUUUAGAAUUAGUCAGCUCUGAUUCUUUUCCUUGAAUUUCUGCUUCCUAUGAAGGCCAAAAUUCAAUGAAUUACACAAAUUCAUGUGAAUUCCAUAGCUAGAUGGGCAAUUUCUGCUAAAGCACCCCUAUCAGUUCUAAUGGGCAUUUUGUUACUUCUAGACCUGUUUCUCAGCCAGCACCAUUCGCACUUCAUUAUGCUGCAAGCAGUGAUGCAGACCCCAGUUCUGGUGAUAGCAUUAGCUUGGCUCGGUCAAUCAGUAAGGACAGCCUAGCAUCAAACAUUGUCAACAUCACUCCAAAACAGCAGCCUCAGUCUGCACCAGUGAAAAGCGAUGGGAAAAGUUUGCUGAACAAUGUAGAAAUUGAGGAUGAGGAUGAGGAUGAAGAAUUGAUCGCAGUAAUCUGCCCAGAUGCUACACUGAACCAUGGCAACCUGGAACUUCAGAGUGUGCCAGCUAGAUCACCUAGUCAAGUUGCAACCGCAUGGGCUAAGAAAUCACAAAGUGAAGCCUCCAAAAGCAAGACAGAUAGCUUUUUCCUUGAGCCUUUAAUGCCUGCUAUUCUGCGACCAGCAAAGGAAAAACAAUCAAUCAAUAAGGAGGAUGAAUGUGGGGAAGGAAAGAAGAGAGGCUUUGUAUCAAAGAGAGUGAGUGAGGGGCCCAUGGCUUUAGUCCGUAAGAAAGCCAAUAAUAAUCAUGCAGAUCACAUCCCCAGCAGAACUUUUGUUGCAACUUCUGGUUCUGAAUUAUCAGCAGUUGCUGGUUCCAGCAUGGCAGAUCCGUCAGUGCCCUCAGAAGUCAGAGGAGAGCCCUUCCAUCCCCAGGCAAUUAGUAGCUUAGAUACUUUAUCUCUAGAACAGUCCUCCACCAAAGCACAUGAGGAUUUGGCUUGCAGUACAAAUGUUGGCUACAUGAAAAGUCCAAAUUCUCGCAUUGCAGACACCUCAUGGACAAUGAUCAGGCAAGAUUCUGAUUCAGACAUUCUGGAUAUGGAGGAAGUCGAACAAGAUUUAGUGUCAGACGAUCAUCCAAUAAUUGCCAAGUAUAUAGGAGAAGAGGAAUCAGCAAAGCUGCAAGAAGACAUGAAGGUUAAGGAACAUGAAGAUAAAGAUGAUGCCAGUGGACGUUCAAGUCCAUGCCUAAGUACUGUUUCUCAGAUAAGCAGCUCAUCCGUGACCAGUGGGAGUGCCAGAAUGACUAACUUUGCUGAACGGAAGUUUCAGAGAUUGAACAACUAUGAAACAAAAUCCAGCACCAGCAGCUCACAGAAGACCACACCAGAUGGAUCAGAGUGUUGUCCUGCCCUGUUAACCACAUGGAAGCAGAAGAGGGAGCAAAGCCCCAACAGGCAGAACAAAGAUAAUGUUAACCUGCUGGCUUCUGAACUGGUGCAGCUUCAUAUGCAGCUGGAGGAGAAGCGGAGAGUGAUAGAGGCUCAGAAGAAGAAGAAGGAGGUGUUGUCGGCCAGGCAGCGGUUAAAACUGGGCAAGGCAGCAUUCUUGGGUGUAGUGAAGAAAGGGAAAGGGGCUGAAGUCUCUCAGCCACUUAAGCCAGAGCACUUCACAAAGGAGUAUUCAAGACACAAUGGGGAAGGCGUGGAUGCUACUUUGAGCUCUGAAUCUGAGUCCAUCUUCAUGAAAGAGGAAGGGGAUGAAGAGACUCUUGAUUCUCUUGAAGUGCCCAAAGUAAAGGCCCAAGAAACUGUUGCUUUUGUUGAGGAAAACAAUCCAAAAGAACCCACUCUACAUGAAAUAGAGAAAAGCAAAAUGAUUUCUGCUGCACUUCUAGAAGAGAACAUCGAAUCUGCUGAAUGUGAUCUCCCCAUUGAGAAACUAAAUGAAAUGAUCAGUGCCCUCCGGCAAGAUAUCCUGAAGAUUUCUCGGCAGCAAGAGCUUCUCAUGAAACAGCCAACAGUAUCGUCACUGAGAGGCGUCUCUCAGGACCAAAAGAUAAAGGCACCAGUUCAUUUUGUCGAACCUCUGUCUCCUACUGACAUGAGUGGUCUCCCUAAGCCACCAUGUCUCAGUCAAGGUCGGAGUCCUCACUCGGGGAGACCAUCUGAACUGAAAGAGGGUAAGGAGCGUCAGCAAGCCAUGAUGCGCAUCAAAACCCUGACUCCUAGCACUGACACCUCGCCACACUUAAGGCAGUUUCCAUCAAACAAUUCAUCCAAGACCCCGACUGAAGCUACUGUCGAAAAUAAUUUUGACCUGGACAGCACUAGAGAGAAACAGCGAGCAGGAUUUACCCUGUCCACUUCCAAAGACACAAAUAUCCUCUCUGAGGCUCUCAAAGAUGUGAAUAGUAACAUAGAAGACAUUAGCUUUGCUUCUUGUGAUAGCUCAGGGAAAGAGAACAUCCCAACAGAGGAGUCCACGAGAAGCAAAGGUAGCCUUAUUGAAGUAGACCUGUCUGAUUUAAAAGCCCCAGAUGAAGGAGGAGAAGCUGAAAGCCAAGACGACUCCACAUACCUGACUGGUGAAAUUGAUCAGAAGUCAGGAGUUAGUUUUUUCUUUAAGGUAAGAACAAUAUAGUGUUGUUGAAUCCCUGAUUAUUUGGUACAGCAGUAAUCUCUCCUUAACUCUUGCUUUUAACUGGGGUGGGCUGAAUAGUUCAUUUUGUACACCCCUAUAUUACAUGUGCUGGGUUUGGCGAUGUGGGUGGGUGGGAGCAUUGUGCAUAGUUAGAUUUUAUUUUUUUAAUAGCAUAAUAAUUUAAUGCUUAGUGUGUUGGCAUCCCUUAAUAUCACACUCUCUCUCUCUCUCUCUGUGUGUGUAGAUAUUCUGGCAAAUGUGGUUGAAGCAAAGGUGCAACAGUCAAUUUGUCAGCUCAGAAAUAAGUUGCAACAAGGGUGGUCAGCUGUACCCUCUGUUGUCAACGGGAUACUUACAUGCAUGAGAGGAAAGACCAUUAUAUGUUCCUUUUUGCUAGCAGGCACUACCUGGCAACAUGUAUUAUUAUCAUUAUCGUCAUUUUUAUACCAUUCUUUAUCUGAAGAUCUCAGGGUGGUUUAUAGUUACAGGUAUUGCUGGACAAUCCUACAUGGGGUCAGGGGAAUGCAGCAGUGGAUUCAUCACCCAUCCCAAGUCCUGCUGAGCUGUGCCAGCCAUGGCAUUAGGCAGUUGCAUAAUUUUUCCCUUUCACUGUACCAGCUGCAACUGACUGGCAACAGGUUUGCAACCUCAUUCUCCUUGUGGUGGCAUUUUCUGCAUACUUGUGGAGUCUGUAUGCUACAUGCUGCCUUAUGAUGGUUUGUGAUUCCCUUAGUGUUCUUUCAUUACAUAUGUUUGAUAAUGAAAAGGUCACUCAGUGCAGUAUAUGCACACACCUGUCUCAUUUAAGAUUACAUAGAACUUCUAUUACAGGGUGAGCUCCCAUUGCUUGGUCCCAGCUCCUGCCAACCUAGCAGUUUGAAAGCACGUCAAAGUGCAAGUAGAUAAAUAGGUACCGUUUAGGCGGGAAGGUAAAUGGCGUUUCCAUGCGCUGCUCUGGUUCGCCAGAAGCAGCUUAGUCAUGCUGGCUACAUGACCGGGAAAAACUGUCUGCGGACAAACGUUGGCUCCCUCGGCCAAUAAAGCGAUAUGAACGCUGCAACCCCAGAGUCAUUUGCGACUGGACUUAACUGUCAGGGGUCCUUUUUUUUAGAACUUCUCAAUAAUGAUAGAACUCACAGGUGAAUACUUGUGUGAGUUAGUACUUAAUACUUUAUUAUCCCUUUGGCACUGCAUCUUUGUACUUUUUUUUGGUCCUUCCAGUCUGUGACUCUUUAUAGUUUACAUUUUUAUUCUUUGUUUUCUUGCUUUUUGUUGGCACUUUUCUUAUUUUUGUAACAAAUCAAUCAAAAGCAUUUAACAAAAAUGCAAUGCAAUGAAAAGACAAUAGAGAGUACCUGGAUGCUUGCUUUAAGAUGUCAAUGAUAUUCAGUGGGAUUAUUUUAUUUUCUGUGUUUUCAGGGCCCAUCUAUUCCUGUGAUUGUAAUCUGUUUUAGCUGUUUUAAAUUAUCAGUUGUUAUAACCUGCUCAGGAACUUGCUGAUGAAGGGCAGAUAAUAACUUCGAUGAUGAUGAUAUGUGUAUGUUUAUAUGUAUCUUGUUCCUUAAUGGGACUCCAAAUGGAGGGGUUCCAAGCUGCUUUCUUAGCCAAUCACUGACCACAUUCCAGACCGGCUUAGCUUUGGAGAUGUUGCUGAAAUCACUACCUUCAAUUAACUGUCCUGGGGUCAUACACUGCAGAGUUUGUGAGCUUAGCAAGAGGGCUGAUAUUUGUUGCAAAUAUGGAAAAUGGCAGCUCCAUCGUUAAAGCAGCCAAAAAAAAUAUGUUUCUGUGCUCAGAUGGAAGUCAUGAGAUUUUCUUCAUAGCCUCAUACAGUGUUUGCUAUUUCUACACGCCACGCUGCAAAAACACAACUUCUCACUUGAAUUUUAAUUUGACAGGAUGGGCAGAAAGCAGAAGAUGAGCUUGCAAAGAAACGUGCCGCUUUCCUCUUAAAGCAGCAGCGCAAAGCUGAAGAGACACGCCUUAGAAAACUGCAGUUCGAGGCAGAGGCUGAACAAAAGAGAGAUGAAGCCCGGUAAAUUCAAUGUCUUGCCACACAGUAUAUAGAUGAGUACUUCAUGCUUUUAUGUUCUCACUUGAGAAAUUGGUAAUGAUGGGAUUUGAAGGCUGCCCUUUGCCUUUUUAGUCGUAAAGCUGAAGAAGAUCGCAUACGGAAGGAAGAAGAGAAAGCCCGGAGAGAGCUCAUCAAACAAGAACACCUGAGAAGAAAGCACCAGCAAAACUUGGAAGAACAAGGCCGUGGGAAGCCCAAACCCAAGCCCAAGCAGCCUAGGCCAAUAUCUGUUCAUCAGGAAGAAUCCUAUAGCAACUUGGAAAGAAAGUGUUCUUCUAUCCGUAAGCAGCAGCAGUCCUUUUGGUUCCUAUAACAGUAUAAUAAAGUAACUUUUUUCAUUGUGUAACGCCCUUUUUCUUUUGCCAGCUGAUAAUCUAAGUAGUGCUCAGUCGGGUUCUAGCCUGUCUUUGGCAUCUGCAACGACAACCGAACCUGAAAGUGUUAAUUCUGGCGGUGCACCUUCCAAACGGUAAGAGAAAGCAUAAAGAUUUAAGAUUCUGAUGUUGAAACAUACUUUGGGGUGGGGAAUGUUGCCCAGAUGCCACAUCCAGCCUUCAAUAGUGGCCAUGAACUCUCUGCAAAAUAGAGAUAAUUGCAACUUUUAGGUAACAAUAGUGUAGUAGUGACUGUCAAUAAAUUGUAAUGGUGCACUACUUUUAAAGUACUCACUAUUAGUGAAUGAGAAAUAGUCAUUGGGGUAAUAUAAAUAAAUUGUCAGUGUCAUGGGUACUGUAAACAAGAUUAACAAGCAAUUAGGGGUAGAACUGGGAUGGGAAACGUUUGAGCUCCAGAUGUGGCUGGAUUACAACUCCCAUUAUCCUUAACAAUUGCCAUGCUGCUGGAGACUGAUGGCGAUAUGGGUCCACCUAUACGUUCUCAAUCCUUUGGAAAUAAUUGUCUCAUUUCAGGUGUUAGCUGCUAAUUUUGCAAUUAUGAUCAUUGUCCACUAAUGGAGAAUUUGUUACAGCUAACUCUUGAUGGGCUUAUUUAUUCAUGGACUCUCCCCAUAAAAUUGUGACACACACACAAGUACUCCCUUGCUUUUUUGUGGGUGCUCCAUUAUAUGUGUGUGUGUGUGUGUGUGUGUGUGUGUGUGUGUGUGUGUAUGUAUGUAUAUGUGUGUGUGUGUCUUUGUCUUUCUACACACACACACACACACACACACACACACCCCAAUUUAAGAGACCAUUUCAUGCUUCUGACAAAGCAUGCUCUAGCCCGCAAGAAAUACUCUAAAAUAAUUUGUUAGUUACAGAUACUAUGUUUUUUUUUUAAUAAAGCAACUUAAGCAACUUCACAUGGCUAACCCUCUGAAGCACAUCUCUUUUCUGAGGGAGAGAGAGAGAGAGUGCAAAAUGUGGGGAGAUGGAAAAUUGGACACACUUGCUUUCCCCCCAAAUAAUCUGGUAGCUAUGAACACACUGCUCAUGUUCUUCUGAUUCUUCUGACAGAGUGAAAUCAAUGGAAACCUUGCCCAUAUUGAGCAGGAACCCAAGUCGAAACAUGGAGAGAGACUGGGAAAGCACCUCAGCAGCCUCUUCAGUUGCAUCAGUAGCAGAAUAUACUGGUAAACCUAAUACAUUUUAUCUGUACCUGUGUAAUUAAUGAUCAGGAUUAUAUAAGUCUGGUUGCCAGUAUGUGGAACAGUACAGUGCAGCCUUUAUUCUGUGGUCUCAUGCCUCUGAACAUACAGCAGGAAGCUGCUUUGAAACAGUCAGACCACUGAUCCAUCUAGUUCUUCUCAGAGUAGACUCACUGCAAUUAAUGAACCUUAUUGAUGACCAUCAAUUUUAAUGGGUCUAUUCUGAGUAGGGCUAACGCUGGAUACAAUCCUGUUUUAUGGGACUUUUAUCAUGGGAUGUAGAAGCUUUGCAAAUUUGCCUUUUUAAAUAUUGCUAGUGAAAUAAGGAAGAAAUUUCUUAAUUAUUUAAGGUUUUUUUUUUAAAAAAAUCUGCCUUUUCAUAGUUGCUCAAGAAGUCAAGAUAGUUCGCAACACUGAUAAAGACAUAUGAGACUUUCAUUUUAGCUGAGUUAUCAAGCCACUUGUUUAAAAUUUAUGUUUUAUUAGGUCCAAAGAUGUUUAAAGAGCCCUGUGGCAAGUCAAACAAAUCAAUUAUCCACAAUGCUAUUUCCCACUGCUGUCUUGCUGGAAAAGUGAAUGAGCCUCACAAGAAUUCUAUACUGGAGGCAAGUAUCUCUGCGAACAAGAGUUUUGGAAUUGGUCAGUUGCUGUAUACCUUGAUUUCCAUGCCCAUUGUUUGAUGUCUUCCAAGCAUAACAGUACAAACACUAAUAAUAUAUUAAAUAUAAUUUUAAGUAUUAAUGCAACUCUUUUAACAUGCACAGUUAGCAUUGGUUUUAAAAAUUUUGCCUUUUUUUUUUUUUUUUAACUUUGUUACUGUCCCAUAUUGAAUAACCCUGAUCCCUGGGACACAGUGCAUUUGCAGUGUGGAUGACUUCAUAUGGAAAGCUCUUGAGUGGCCAGCUUGCUAGUGUGUAUUGCAAGUCAUGCUUAAAUCAUAAUAGUCUGGUUUAUGCAUAAUGCUAAACUGGUUUAUUAAACUGUGGCUUAUAUGUUUCUUAAAUAAUAGCUUAGUGUUUUAUGUGUAAGGUUUGACCAGCAACUUAUAGAUUGUUUACAGCAAGGAUGGGGAAUCUCUGCCCUUCCAAAUGGAUGCUGCUCAAACUGAAAAUUCAAACUCAGCAGUGGCAGAUCUUGGUAUCUCAAAUUUCUGUGGUGCCCUGUGCGAUGCCAAAAUCUGGCACACAUCCCCUCCACCUCUUGCUUUCCGUUGGAUGUCUUAGUUGUGGUGCCUGAUGCAACACCCCAGAAGCUCCAUGCCCAGUGUAACCAAACCAGAUCUUCCUUUGCUCUCUUCAGCCCCAACUUGCAUGACCAAUGGUCAGGGAAGAUGGGAAGUUCCCCAUUGUUGACUUACUACCAACAAACCAUUGAAGCCAUGUUUGUUGUUGGUUUUCAGACUUUAAUUUAACUAUGGCUUGGUGUUACAUUGAAUCCAGUAGUCGCUUUGUUUGGCCACUCCACUCCAGAAACUCACCAAACUACAAAAGCAUGAGGCAAGAAAAUACAGCAGACUUGGGAGGAAAAAGCCAGUGUUUGUUUUAUCAAUUGUGGCACAACUUGUGGUUAACUCAUGACUUGUUUAAAAGAAUCAUAGCUUAGUGCUGUGCAAACCAGGUCAUUGUGGCACUGCAAUUUAGAAGUACCAAAUGUACCGUAUUUUUCGCUCCAUAGGGCGCACCUGACCAUAGGGCACACCUAGUUUUCAGAGGGGGAAAUCAAGGGAAAAAAUUAUGACACCCCCCCCCCCAGCUCUGGGAGCAGCGGACAGGCUGCAGGCAGCCUGUGCGCCUCUCCCAGACCUCCUUCCUGCUUUUGCGGGAGGUGGGGGAAUUCUUUAAAGGGGCUGUGCGGCUUCUGCUGGCUUUUCUAGGAGGUGGGGAAAUUCCCCCACCUCCCGCAAAACCGGCAGAAGCCGCACGCUCUUUAAAAGGGCUGCACAGCUUCUCCUGGCUUUUCUGGGAGGUGGGGGGAUUCCCUCACCUGUCGCAAAAGCCCGCAGAAGCCGUGCAACCCCUUUAAAGAGCGCACGGCUUCUGGCUUUUCUAGGAGGUGGGAGAAGGGACUGAUGCGGCCAGUCAGUCCCUUCUCUCUCCUGGGGAAAAGCCCGCAAGAGCGCACAGAGCUUGUGUGUGGCUCUUGGGUGCUUUUCCCGCCUGCCUCCCCCCUGCAUUCGCUCCAUAGGACGUGCACACAUUUUCCCUUGCAUUUUAGGAGGGAAAAAGUGUGUCCUAUAGAGCGAAAAAUACGGUAUUUCCUGACCUUCAUCUUGGGUACGUUAGACAUUGCCAGCAGUGUGCUGGGCUCAUUUAGCAGUCUUUGAUUUCCUGUGGUCAUUGCUCUCAGAAUUUUUCUCUUUCACCUCUAGGAGCUCAAGAAAUGUGAUGCCAAGCACUACAUUAUUUUGUUCCGUGAUGCUGGCUGCCAGUUCAGAGCACUUUAUUGUUUCAAUCCUGAAACAGAAGAAAUCCACAAGCUGACAGGAACAGGGCCAAAGAGCAUCACUAAGAAAAUGAUUGACAAGCUUUAUAAAUAUAGCUCGGACAGGAAGCAAUUUAAUAUCAUUCCAGCCAAAACCAUGUCUGCCUGUGUAGAUGCUCUGACGAUUCACAACCAUCUGUGGCAGCCCAAACAACCUGUAGUGCCAAAGAAGACUCAAACUCACAAAUGACAUUACAGUUCAGUGGGAGACUAUUGUAGAUUUCAUCGCUGGGGAGAAAUGAGUUUCCUCACCCUCUCUCUGGUUUGGGUAUGAAAUGAGCAGAACCAUAAUCCCUUUUUUAAAAAAAGAAAAGAAAGAGGCUUAUUAAACGUGGAUGCAAGGAAAGAAUGAAGGAGCAGCUUCAGUGUUCUUUUUGGUUUUUUUGUAUGAAUGAUAAAACGGCUGUUACACCCAUUGAUAACCAGAGAGGCUUUUCACAUGAGGGAAGGUGCAUGUAGCAAGAGUGGAUUUCUUUUUACUUGAAGUUCUUCAUUGGUACAAAUUGGGACAUCUUUUCUUGUUCCUCCCCUUCCCGCAAUCACUCUUGGAGUUAGCAUGUGCUGCCCCUCAGGAGAACAAGAAACUGGGCACUGUGGCAGGCUUUCAAGGAAUAUCUUUUAGACUCUGGAGACUUGAUAACAUACAAACAAUUGGUACUUGUCCCUACUGCCAACACUAAACCAGGCUCUGACUUGUGGAAGGAAAAGGAAAAUACUCCAACCCCAGACCCUUGCUGCUCAGAACCAAGUUUACCUAAAGUAUCAAAUCAUUUUUAAAAGCACUGAAAACUGUAAAAUUCGCCUUUUUUAAAAAAGAAAGAAAGAAAAUGGAGGACUUAUGCAAAUUAUCAUGGCUGAACAUUUCUGCAACACAAUCAUGAAGAGGCAAACAGGUGCUACUUGUUGGAAUAUUCCCAAUUUGAAACUUGAGGCAAGCUGAAUGGAGUACAGUCAACAUUGCUUUUCUGUUUCGAGUAGUAUCCUAACAGGAUUUUUUUUGUCUUUUUAAUAAAGACAGAUUAUUGAAAUAGUAGAACAUCUUCACUCAGAGCAUGUUACUCCUGUAUAAUGGUGCACUUAAUGAUCACAAAUUAUAAUGCUUUUAAAUUAUGUCCUGAAAUGUAAUUUAAAUUGGUUUUUUCUUUUUUCUUUGAAUGAGUACCAUGCUCUAAAAUGGAGUGUGUUUUUUGUUGUUGUUUUUUGUUGUUUCAACUUUUUUCUUUUGUGGCAAGAGUAUAUACUAAUAAAGGAGAAAAUAUACCAGUUUCCAUAUACUAACAAUUUUCAAACAAACCUGCAUUUUGUUUUUUUUGAAGGCUCAAUCUGAUGGUUUCAGUUUUCCUUUUCCAUGUAGAAAUAUUAAAUCUUGAGU